CGCGCACACACACACACCCCUCCCUCGGGCGCCUGUUUCUUUUUCACCCGCGCUACUCUCACGACGUCGGUGGGAAUUUCCAGCUAGGAAGUGAGAGGGAGGCGGAGGUGCGGGCGGGCGGGCGCAGGAAGGGAGGCAGCGAGAAAGGCGGGAGUCAACCCCGGGGGCGCGUGCAAAGUCUUGUCAGCGUGUGCGGGCGGGCGGGAGAGAGGAGAGGGGCGUGCGCGCUGCUGGAAGCCGACGAGAGAAAAAAACACCACACCGCCAAAGAAGGGGAGGGAAAAAGCCUCGACAGUGACAGCAGCAGCAGCGGCGGCGCAGGGCUUCCUUUUUCUCUGCUUUCCCCCUUCUCAGCCUCGCGGGCAGCGAAGUGACUACUUCUUCCUCCUCCUCGUCGACAACAACAAGGAACCGCCAGCCUCUUCCGACCCCGCCGCGCAGUGGCGACAUGGCGCUCUGGUGAAGCGGGACUCCUCUUGCUCGCCUCGGGUCUCUCUCCCUCAGAACUGCCGGCUCCUCCUCGUCUUUCCCCCCGCAGUGUGAGGCGACGUCGGCGUCAGGAAUCCCGCUCGAGGUGAGCCCCGAGGGGAGGGGCGGGGAGGCGGGAAGCGGCUGCUGCGUUCGCACGAGACGACACCGCCGCUCGCUCGCUCGCUGGCACGCGCGCGCGCGCGCUCUCCUUCUCCCCGUUGCCACGCGGGAAUGUUUAUGGAUGCGGCAACCAGAGGGACACAGGAGAGGGAGGGGGAGGUCCAGUAUGGCUCCUUCCAGGCGGUCGGAGCCCCGGGGCCAGAUUUGGAAGGAGGAGUCGGCUGCUGGUUGGCAGAGGAGGUUUUCGAGGUGCUUGUGUGUGUACAGAACGGCCUCGGUCCAGUAUACCUGAAGGAGCGUCUCCACCCUGAUCGUUCUGCCCGGACACUGAGGUCCAGCGCCGAGGGCCUUCUGGUGGUUCCCUCACUGUGAGAAGUGAGGUUACAGAGAACCAGGCAGAGGGCCUUCUCGGUAGUGGCGCCCGCCUUGUGGAACACCCUCCCACCAGAUGCCAAAGAGAACAACAACUACCAGACUUUUAGAAGACAUCUGAAGGCAGCCCUGUUUAGGGAAGCUUUUAAUGUUUGAUGUAUUACAGUAUUUUAAUAUUUUUUGGAAGCUGCCCAGAGUGGCUGGGGAAGCCCAGCCAGAUGGGUGGGAUAUAAAUAUAUUGUUGUUGUUAUUAUUAUUAUUAUUAUUUAUUGCAGAUCAAGUGGUGCUAGUCUGUGGAAACUUGUGCCGCAGUAAACCCGCUUGUCCCUCAGGUGCCAUAAUAAGACUCUCUGUUUCCCUGCGGAGCGGCAGGGAGAGAGACGGCCUUUUUAUUUUUAUUCUGAUUUCCCACAAGUCAUCAUGUGCAAGUGAUUUAAGGGAGGAAGGAGGGGUGAGUCGAUUUCAGUUUCCAGGUGUGGACAUUUUCAGAGCUGGCCUGAAGCCCUUUGAGUUACGGGUUAGCUGGGGUGGACCUCUCUGGGGAAUUACAUUUGAAGAGGGGAGUUCUGCAUUUUACACUUUUCUUCUUCUUCGUGCUGCUUGUACUCAACAGCUCUUUCUACUUCCUCAUUCUUGGGCAAAGCGAACAUAACACGCCGCUCCGCUCCUCGUGCUCAGGAAAGCGGUGCUGGGACUCUGGGAGAGAGGUGCACAUGGUGAGGCCUUCUCCCAACCCAGAGCUCAGAGUUGCCCCUUUUCUUUUGGGGCAAGGCUUUCCUGUGCCUUCGGCACUGGUGUCAAAGGCUGGUGUUCAACCGGGCAAGCCUCUUCCUCCCCCGCCCCUCAUCACUUCCUCUUUGUCCCAAGAACAGUCUCACUUGCUAGCUACACAGCACAGCUGUUGCAAACGCAGGAGCUCUGCUGCUGGGUCGGGAGAGAGAGGUGACAGCAGCAAAGCCAUCUCUUUUACGGUGGACCUUAGGGGAGGGAACAGAACUGUGGAACAUCUUCCUUGCAUUUAUUAACUUCACAAAAAGGUGCACGCUGCCUGAUUGUCUCAAACAAACAGACCUCAAAGCGGUUUGCCAAAAAGAUAAAACAAUAUGAAGAACCAGCAGCAAUAAUUUAAGACAUUUGAAAAGUUGAAAUAGCAAGAGGUUGAAAUUCGCGCCAGCUUUCUAAGCAAUUGGGUAGGCUAAACAAAAAAUGUUUUUAAGCAGAAUGUUUUGUGUGCAGAAGGUACCAUGUUGAAUUGCAAGUGUUCCCAGGUAGGGUUGGGAGAGACCCAUGUUUGAAAUCAUAGAGAGAUGCUGCCAGUCAGUGUGGACAGCACUAAACUAGAUGAGCCAAUGGUCUGAUUCAUUAAAAGGCAGUUUCCGAUGUUACCAUUGGGGCAGAAAGGAAAAGAAAAGGUGAUUUCAUAUUGAAAGGGGGGGGGGAGGCAAUAUACUCACCCCCUGCUGGAAUUUGUACAAUAUUUGAGUGAGUCUCUUUCAUGCUACUGAAAGUGUGUUUUUGUGAUGAAGCUAGUUUUCCCCACAGUUAAGUUUAUAGUCACUCAGCAAUGCCAGGGCUCAGCCUCGAAUUGAGGUAUACUCCUAAAAUAAAUAGAUCUAAAGCAUGUGCAGAGUGCAUCCCUCCCUCCACUACUAGGUUAUCUGUUUCACAGUAAUCUGGGAUCAGGGGGCAGGAUUUUCCUGCUGAAAGUUGUGGUUUCCAUAUUUCCUUUUUUCAGUGUUAUUUGUGCUCAGGUAUUAGGAACCUAAGAGAGCCUGUGUGGUGUAGUGGUUUGUGUGUUGGCCUGGGAGACCACGGUUCAAGUCUCCACUUGGUCAUGAAGUUCAUUAGGUGACCUUGGGCCAUUCACUUCCUCUUGGCCUGACCUAACAGGGUUGUUGGGAUUGAAUGAGGGGGAGAAGAACCAUGUAUCUCACCUUGAGCUCUUGCAAGAAAAAGGUAGGAUAAACAUGCAAUAAAUUAAAACAGCUAUAGGAAGGAAUACAGGAAGCCACCUUAUAUUGUGUCAACUUUAACACUGUUCAUUCCUGCAAGAGUUUCAGGGCAGACAUCCAUUUGCCAAUAUGUUAAUGCCCCAUAGCUUUCUGCUGAAAUUCUCUUAAUCAUAUCACAGAUAUUUCAGGUGUGCGUUUUUGUCCCGAUUUUGUUUUCCCACUUUUGUUGCGAGCAAGAGUGUGCCUCCAGAUGGCAACAAUGUAGUGACACUGGAGAAACAUCGCAGAACAACUAAUACAAUGGAAUGAUGUGUGGUAUAAACCCACCACUGACACACUAUUAUUGCAUCAGUGACAUACUGCAGAAUGCGUCUGCUAAAAAUACCACUCUGGAGAAGCCACUGAGUUUGUUACCUUCCCCAUUGCAUCCUUUGCCAUCCUCUAUGUAUGUUGCUUUUUCUUCACUCGGGAGUGUAAUGUUUCUCAAUGUUGAUAUGGUAUCUCCCAUAUGUAAGGCUGAGUUCAGCUGCCCCUGUUUGCCCCCCACUUGCCACCUAGUGAUCUGUUCUCAGACAUAUCUGAAAGUGGAACAGUGGGAGGGGAGAAGGCAGCAGUACCCACCAGGAUAUGAGUCUAGGAUCUCUUUCAGUACCAAAGUUUUGCAUUGGAAUAUGUUAAUAAGAUUUCUGCAUGUGCAGAGUGCACCUUAUUAGGUGGAAUGAAGAAGGUAUUUCUCUUCCAAGUCGAUGAUGGACUUGAGUCCCAGCAACUUUCACAUUAAGAAUUAAUCACUAGUAGGUAGGAGUGCUUGCAACGUGUGUUCGUAGAGCCAAUGAAGCACCAAUGGCCGAUGUGUGUGUGAUUUUCUGUGAAAUGUAAACACAGGGAGUUGUUUGAGAUCCUUUUGUUUUCAGUACCUAGACUGUGUGUUGCUUAAUUGUUUUAGUUUAAUUAUUUCAGUUCCAAUUUUAACUUGUGCCAUUCAUGCACAAAUUGAAAACCAAGAUGAUGCAGGUGCAGGGGAAAUAGAUUUUACUAUACUAUACUAUUAGAUUUCUAGACAUUUUGUUGCGACUCGCCAUGGGAAUGCUUUUGUCGCAGAAAAGAAGAGCUGGACUUUGGGCUAGAGAGAGUGGGUUUGCUAAAUGACUCACUUAUGAACAUGCAGGUUGAAUUUCCUCAGAAAUAAGCUGAAUUUCCUCAGAAUAAGGCCUUUUUCAAGGGAAGGGAGGGGAUGUCAGGUUGUGACUCAGUAAUUUUCUUAGGAAGAAAGGUGUAAUACAGUGUAGCAGUUUGCCCCAUGAAAAUUUGUUGCUUCUAAUAGCAGGUUUGUUUGUUUUUCCAUUAUACGCAGACCUUAUCAAUGUAGCGAAUUCUUCACUUUUCUUCCUCUUCAGCUGCUCCCUGCAGAAAUGGCAAGAUUGAGUUCUAAAGGUGAAUUUAGCUGCCUUUCAGUAAAAUCAUAUAAUCAUAGAAUGCAUAGCUGUCAACUUUUCCCUUUUUUUGCAAGGAAUCCUAUUCGGAAUAAGGGAAUUUCCCUUUAAAAAAGGGAAACGUUGACAGCUAUGAUAGAAUGGUAGAGUUGGAAAGGACCUUGAGGGUCAUCUAGUCCAACCCCUUGCAAUGCAGGAUUCUCAACUAAAGCAUCCAUGUAUUUUUCCUGAGUAAGGAUUCUCAGUAAAAAUAAACAACCCUAAUUAUUACUGGCAGAUUUUGUUAACUUUCACAUGAAAUGUUGUGCAAUUGUAGAAUUUCCCCAUUUCUGUUUGCUCACUAUUAGCAGGCAGUAUAAUUUCGGUUAAUAAAAGCCUUCUGUUGAUACUUCUUAGAUCUCUUCUAGAAGUAAGAUGCAGACUGCAAGGUUCAGUCUAGGGAUGGGUGAAUCAGUCAGUUUCUGGUUUCUUUCAGUUUCUCAUUUUUCCAAAGAAAAUUCAGUAUUUUUGUGUGAAUUUAUGUUCGUAGUUUUUACCUAAUAUACACAUUUUUUGCAUAUAAUGUCCCAUAAUUUGUAUAUGUUAUUUUGAUUAAUAAUAUGCAUUCAUAUGAACCCUAGUUUGUGCAUUUUUGUACUCAUUACUUGGUUUGAGAACAGCACUGCAAAAUGUGGAGCUGCAUGAUUUUCAAAGGAUGGCUGUGUUUCAGUUUGCAUAUUAUUUUAGAAAGUGCAGAUUAGAUAGGGUCACCUUUAAAUGCAAAGUGAAUUGAAUUUCAUCCCCAUCCUGAGCUUCCGUCAUCUACAAGCCAGAUAAAAACCAUAGAAUAAAGUGUUUGCUAACCUUAGACACAGAUUAUUGCUUUGCAGUGAUGUGGUUUUUAACACCACCUUUCUGCCCUUCCUGAAAAGAAACCCACAGCCUAAUCCUAAAAUGGAUUUUCUUCUUUUUUAAAGCUGAAGAGUAAAACAAACAGUGUGGAGCUGUUACUGUUAUGUGAAGUAAGACUUGUGCCAAGAUCUUAACCGUUUAACUCAUUCUUCUACUUGGCAUCUAGAGUAUUUGGUUUUACAACCCUAAUUUUCGGGAGCAUAUGGGAUGGAGCUGUUUAUAAAGGCCUCUUCACUCAUUGUAGCUUUCCACUCAGGAAAUGGUACGUAGUGCCCUGGGUACAUUGCACUGCCAUGAUUUACCUUUACUGCAUAAGCACAACACCACCUGGAGCACCCUGCCUUAGCUAUCUAUAAACAGUGAAAUAAACAAGGUGCAAUCGUGGUUUAUUGACAGUAUGAAUACAUUAGAACAGUGUUGCAAGGGUAAACCAAGGCCCAGCAUCUUGUUCUUAUUUUUUAAAAAAGCAGCCAGUAAGAUUCUUCUCUAAGCGCUCACAAGCAAAGUAUGAAUGUGUGGCCUUCCUUAGUUGCGAGUCCUCAAGGCCUCGUCCUUAAAUGUAUUCUGCCUCCAUACAUUACUUAUAAUGGUUAAUAGCCAUUGAUAGGCCUAUCCUCUAUGAAUCUGCGUCAUGCAUUUUUAUCAUGAAGGGUGCAUUGUACAUACUAGGUGGUUUGUGGGGAAAUAAUGGGGCAACGCAGAUGCCUUCAUGCCCUGUUUGCAGGUUUCCUUGGAACACCUAGCUGGCCACUGCUGGUGCUGGUAUCUAGGUAGAAAAUUCUCCUUAUACCAAAUGCCCUUACGUGAUUGUCAGCACUGUGUCUUCUGCAAGGAUGUAUACAUAUCCAGUUAAUAUCCAGCCCCUGCAGUCAACAUAUCCAAAGAUCUUUUGCCUCGUCAUUAUGCAGUAACCCACCAAGUUGUAUCUGAACUUUUGUGUGUGCACAUGUGCACUUUUUCUAGUCUAACACUAUGGUAGUAGAUUUGACAAACAUUUGAUAAAUUAUCCAUUUUAAGUGUAGGAGUUUAAGAAGCUACAAAGUGCCUCAUGUGCAAAAUACAAUACAUGUAAUAACUACUAAUGGUUAGAAAUAGGGCCAGCCUGCCCACGAGGUGGAGUGAAGCAGCCAACCUUGGGCAGUGGAAUUCUUUGAGGGUCGUGUGGCUGCAGCUGUUUUCAGCAAGAUCUCAUGGGGCUCGCAAAAUAUCUUGCGAAAUCUCUGCAAGAUCUCAUGAGAUCUUGCCAAAAGCUGCCUCCACGUGACCCUGGUAAGCAAGGCUUGGGCAGGAGGGACAGCACUUUCCAGUUUUGCCUCAGGCAACAAAACAGGACAGGCCUCCCCCGUUAUACAUAGAGCUUUUGCCACUGUAAGCUCUAGGCUUUGCAAUACUCAGAGGUGAGGAAGCACUUUUCUCUAUCCUCCUUUCACAAGGGUUGCAAAUCCCCUUCUAUUUGAACUUGUGUCCAGUUGAUUUUCUGAAAUACUUAGUGGUUAUUUUUAUUAGCUUUUAGAUUUUAUUGCUAUUCAGUUUGCUUCUUGUAUGUUUAAUUUACUUAUAACCCUCUUUGGUCAGUUUGAGAAGCCCUGCUUGUUGAACAUUCAGCCUGAUUCCUUUACACAAAGCUUCCUGGGAGGUUCUAUGAAGCCAGCAGUUUAUUGAGCAUUCAUUUGGAUCUGCUUGCAGGGAGGUUAUAUGAAGACAUGCCGAGGAAUUGCUAUCCCACACUUUCCAGCACAUUUCCCCAUCACUUUCCUUGCUGCAAAAAGUAUUGAUUUUUCUUUAAGCAGGUUUGUUGUGCAAGAGCCCAAAUCCAUAUUAAUUGUGCAAACUGAAUUUUCUGUCAUGCAUUCAAUCCCAUCUGUAAAAAUACCAAGAAGUGCCCUGAGCGCAGCAUCUGUUGGAGCUAUUUCUUUGCAGAAGGAUGGGAUGAGCUUCAUCGGAUAGACUACAGAAUGUAGGUAUUAUAUUCAGCUCCAAAACAUACCUUUGCACUUCCUGUACUAUAUUAACAACAUGCAGAGAAAUAACAGGAGAGAAGCUCAAGAGUGCUUAAUGCAACAUGGGACUAUAGACUUGUCCACAUUUGAGCAUUUUUUAGCUGUUAGUUCACCGUUUCUCUAUUCGAAUUAGACUGGAGUAGUCCACACCCACACAUACUUGAAUUUGUAUAUGAAGAGCAAGCUUGGGCUUUCCCAUUCAUUACAGGCCUUUUCUUUUGUGCUUGUUCCUGCCUUCUAAUUUGUUGCUUCUGUUAUGCCAGUUAAGUACCAGCAGGGAUGCAUGCAGAUAGCUGUGUGCUCAUCUGCAGUGUGGAAAAUAAUAAUACUGAUUUGACCUUGUAGUGAUUAUUGAGGCAAGGAUCAGUUUCACACAUAACGCUAAACUAUGGUUCAUUUUGCCGAAGUGUGGCUCCACCUCAGCAGACAAACUAUGGCUUAUUUCUGGGCAACAAACCACGAUAUGAAACCAUGGUUUCUUCUUGGCUUAUGACCCAUGGGUUGUUUUAACUGUGGUAUGGUGUUAUAUCUGAAACCAACAGCCUUGCUUAACCACAGUUUGCUUGGCCACCCCACCCCAGAUGGUCACCAAGCUACAGAGACAUGGGGUAAGAGCAGCUUAAAACAAGCCAAGAUUUGGAGAAACAAAAAGUGGCUUGUCAGUUUAAUAGUGAGACAGCUCAUGUUUUGCUGAACAAAUAAUCAUGGUUGCAUUCACAAAUAAUGUGAAAUCACAUUUGAAAUGUGAUAUCACAAAUGCUUAUUAUUUGGUUGUAUUUGAAGAGGCAUUAGCACGUUUAUCCCUGCCAUAACUUGUUUUGUUUUAUUGACUUAUAGAUAAGUAACUGCCAGAAAAAAGUAUUGAGCUGAAGAACUAGUUAUUGUCCCUUGAAAGCAUUUUACCCCCUCCGUAGAUAAUCUUUUGCGGUAUGCUUGGCACAAUUAUGGCCAUUUCCCUUUAACCCAGCAAGAGCAAUUCUGGGCAGAAUUUGUUUCGCUUUAAGUGAUUGGAUAAUCACUUCUUCUAUACAGGCUGAGGUUUCUUUCAUGGAACUGGGAAUAAUUCGUUUUUCUUUUUGCAUGGAUUUUAAUGUUUUGGCAUUCUUUGGCUUAGGGAAGCCCGAGCAACUCUAAAACCACGUGAUUCCCUCAGGAAGUUUUGCAAAACAUGAAGUGAAUGGUUUUGAUUGAGAACUGGGUGCAUAAAGUCUUCCCUUCCCUAUGUUCUACAUGAUUUUAGACUGCAUUAUUUUAAUAAGAACAUAGGGAGCUGCCUUGCUACCAGAUCAGACCACUCAGUAUUGUUGACACCGAUUGACAGCAGCUCCCAGGGAUUUCCGGCUUGAAGGAGUCUCUUCCAAACUUACCUGGAGAUACCAGAGUUUGUACUGACACCUUUUUCCAUGCAAAGUAUGUACUGUACCUCUGAGCUAUGGCUUUCCCCCAAUAUUGUAUGGGGAUUCAUUUUUUAAAUGGGAGACUGCCUUCCCAAUCUUACAACAGGUAAAUUAUCAGGUGAACAAACUCAAGUUUCUCUUUCUAUUAUGUCCUCUUUGCAUAUAUGCCUCAUUUGCAAACAAAACUUUUUAAAUGCAAUUCCCAAUUGCUGUGAGUGUUACAUACCUUAGGGUUGUUUCUGUUUUAAGGGAGUGUUGAAAUACUUUUAUUAAAGAUAAUCUAAACGUCUUUCAGCUUUCAAUUAGUGUUACACUUUAUGACUUCCUUGAUAUACAUUCUAAUCUUUAAAGUUGCACAAAAAAGAUACACUGAAUCUCUCUCUUUUUUUUUUACUUGGUGUUCAUGAGAUAUUAAGAAGUUGUUUCACCCAGUGUCUGCAACACUGUUUAAACUAUGGUAGGUUAUGCUUAUAUCAGCAUUUUAUCACACAACAUGUAUUACAGGCAAUUAAUAUAAUUUAGGAAGGAUAGUUUCAUAGUGAUACCUACUCCCAUAUCCUUUUCUUGCUCCAUUAGAUGGUGAUAUAACCAUUAUUUACACUCAGAAAUUACUAUAUUAAGCAAUUCCUGAUUUCUUAAUGGUCUUUCCAAUUGUUUUUUGUACCUAAUGUUUCAGUGCCAAUAUGUGUGCAGAAAAGCCACCUAGCAAAUACUGCAUUCCUGAAAGCACAUUCUCCUAACAACUGUAUAUUGUUGUUGUUUUCUGCAUGCAAACUGAAUUACUGGAUUUCCCCCACAGUUUUGUGACUGUGCUGUAUGUAAAUUUAGACUGUGGUAUUGGAUGAAAAAGUCACCAUCCUAAUAGUGGGUAGUUCUAACCACUAAAAGACUUUAAAGCUGUGCUAGUCAUUCAAUGCCUUGUGUAAUCUUAGGAGCUGGGAAGUGCAGGUGGCUGGAUUUCAGCGUGCAGGAUUUCCCCAGAACAAGUAUUUAGUGCUCUGCCUAAUUCUCUUCCCAAAUGACUAACAGAGCAGGAGGAGAAUAAAUUAUGUAAAUAAGCAAAUAUUUGCACAAAAUGCUUUUAUUUGCAUCAUCUGCAUGGGUUUUUAAAAUGAAUACUAUAUGGGAAGUUUGCCCUUCCUGUAACUGGCACUGUCUGAUACACAGGCUGAGACAAUUCCUGCAAUGCUCCAGAACAGGCUUCCUCAACCUCGGCCCUCCAGAUGUUUUUGGCCUACAACUCCCAUGAUUCCUAGCUAGCAGGACCAGUGGUCAGGAAUGAUGGGAAUUGUAGUCUCAAAACAUCUGGAGGGCUGAGGUUAAGGAAGCCUGCUCCAGAAUUUGCUUUUUCCGGAACAGAAUUAGAGUUACCUCCAUUCAUAAGUUUUAUUUCAUUCCUCUCUCAUUCUCUAAGCCAGGCAUUCAGGUGUAAAAUUCCCCUCCGGGUUAGGGUUGCCACAUUUCAAAAAGUAACAAUACAGACACAUAAGAUGUGGAUUAAGCUAUUUUUAAGGGAAAUUGGCAAAAAUGACAUUGCCAACAUGGGUUGGCAUACGUCCGGAUUUUCCCGGACAUUCUGCCAAUUUCCUCCCAGAAACUGUUUCUGACUGCAGUAUUCCAGGUAUGUCUGGAAAAUUCCUGAUGUAUGGCAAACCUACUCCAGGUGCACUUUUCAUUGUAGGAUUUACACAGAUGUAGACCUAUAGUGCAAUUCUCAUGAAACAUUUCUUUUAAAUCAUGUCCCCAAUUUCAGCCAUUUACAGUUUUCUUUCUUUGCAGAACAAACACCCAAAUAUCCCAAGAAAGCCAAUUGAAUUUUAUAUGUGGGGUGCUGUUUUGUCCCAGCUAGUGAAAUGUGCCAGAGUGUUUCUUUUUUCAAAACAACAACAACACAAAACUUAGCAAUUGACAGAGGUUUAAGUGCCCAGACAGAGUUCAUACUAAGAUAAACCAUAGGUUAGUGCAGGCAUCGGCAAACUCAGCCCUCCAGAUGUUUUGAGACUACAAUUCCCAUCAUCCCUGACCACUGGUCCUGUUAGCUAGGCAUGAUGGGAGCUGUAGUCCCAAAACAUCUGGAGGGCUGAGUUUGCCUAUGCCUGGGUUAGUGUGACUGUGCUGGAUCCUGAUGAAAAGCAAAGUUGGUGCAAGUCUUUGCUGGACUCAGCACUUUGUUGCAGGUGAACCAGGCUAUUUUAUAGCUUGGGUGAAAAAUAUGCACAAACUCUUAUACAGGUGUUUUUUUACAGAUCUUGUCCUGAUCCGGUGGCCCAAAGGAGGGCUUGGAAUAGUUGGGUGCAGAUAUACCAAAGGAUGCCAAACAUGCCAAAGCGAUCAGUUGCAGUGCUUUAUUAAAGAAGGUGUAGACUUACAGCAAAUCAGCCUGCCAAUUCUCCUAACCUUUGCAGAUGCAGGACGGACUCUGCUCAAGGAGAUGGCUUCCCCAUGCCCAAGCAAAUGUUUAUGCAUUCUUUAUACAGCAAAGCAGCACAUGUCAUUUAUCUGACUAGAUGAGGGCAUAGAUGACAAAUACCCAAACCUUACAGACAGUUCCCCUUUCUGGGCUCAGAACCCAGCACCCCAAGCCCCACAGAUAAGGGUAACAUCAAAGCAAGUGAGUAUAAGCGUAUAUGAACUUAUUACUACAACCACUACCAGUUAAUUGUGGGGUUAUCUUGACUAGCAAGAUGGCAUUAGCAAAGUUUCCAGAACAGUUCCUUUGGUUCAGCACAGGUCUGUAAUAAAUAAAAAGAUUGCUCAACAAGAAAUAAAACCAGUUUUACUUGUUUUUAGCAUUAAAAUAUAAUAUUGAAUCUCAGGGGUGAACCACCCAUCUUUGUUUCAAAUCUAGCCCUCUCUGGGCUAGAGGUUACAGUGAAUGUCACAUUGGGAAUGAAUAAUCCACAUAGCGCUUAGUGAACAUUUGUGCACUUUUGUAAUCUGUUAGGCUUUCUGAGCUUUGUCUCAUAUUUUUAUUUGCUGUAAUUGAACAAGAAAAGGGGCUAGGUCUAAUAUGCCAAAUCUUGUUUUGUAGAUCCAAUAUGGUCACGAUAAAAGUCUGAGCAUGAUAGACUAUCUUUUGCUGGACUUCCUUUGUUUAUCAACUCCUUUAAUGACCUAGGAACUGAAUGUUUGUAAAGGAGCCAAAUUACUAGACUUCAGAUUGCUUUCUUCUUGAGGUUUAUGGGGCUGUAUGUGAAUUAGCAUUGGGAAAUAUGUUAGAAUAGCCUUGGAUCAUUGGAGAUCAUAUCCACUGGAUAGGGGACCUCAGUAUUGCACAGAAACUUGCAGGCCAGAACUUUAGGAGACUGCCUAAAGGUAAUCAGCUAUAUUCAAUGUCUUGCUAUUCAGGGCUGGAGGAAUGAAGAGCACUCGGGAUUUCAGUAUAUCAACAAAGUUCUGAGAGAAUAAUAGAAUAAGGGGUGGGGUGGGGGACAAAAGUUAGGACCGUGCAGCCACUAGCCUCUCAUAGAUUAUCCAUAAAGUCUAGGCCACAGCUGUUCCACAGAGGGCAAGAGGUUUGCAUGACGAUACCUAUAAGCACUGGAUAAUAAAGAGGCAAGGUACUUCAUUCUACAUUUGACUUCUUCUGCUUCAGUCAGUUUCUAGAAUAGUGUUGCACCAAAACUUUCUCCUGCUCCCCCCCCCCCGUGAGAAAUGGAGAAAAUAAAAUAUUUUUAAGAAUUAUCAAAAGCAAGAGAAAAGUACAACUAAAAUACAGUGGUACCUCGCAAGACGAAUGCCUCGGAAGACGAAAAACUCGCAAGACGAAAGAGUUUUUCAUUUUUUGAGUUGCUUCGCAAGACGAAUUUCCCUAUGGGCUUGCUUCGCAAGACGAAAAACGAAAAAAAUGAAAACGUCUUGCAAGUUUGUUUCCUUUUUCUUAAAACCGUUAAUACCCAGGGUGACUUCGAGGAGCAACUCAUAGCACGCGGUGUGGUAGCAUUUUUUGAGGUUUUUGAAGACUUUGGUGAUUUUGAAGACUUUGGAAAACCGUGCUUCGCAAGACGAAAAAACUCGCAAGACGAAAAAACACGCAGAACGAAUUAAUUUCGUCUUGCGAGGCACCACUGUAAUCAUGGGUCAGGUGUAGGGUCAUAGAUGCGCUCACCUUACUUUUGAGGUGGCCAUGGGGGUUUCUGUGAGUGUCCCAUUUUUCAUUCAGCAUAUCAUUUUGCCAGUGAUCUGCUGUCUGCAGUCUUCCUGGGUGCUAGCACUUCAAAUUUAAAAAAUCCAGGGCAAGGCAUCAUUUGGUAACCCCCCCCCCCAUUGGGCGUUUUUAGCCAGGAAGCAUGAGCAGCCAGGAAAUCUACAUUAAUCCAUGCAAGGAUAACUCAAAACCCUUCACUGACCAAAAUUCUAAAUAAAUUCUCAAUUGCCUUGAGAAUUUGGGGAGAACCAUGGAAGCUUCUUUCAUAGAUUAAUGGUUUUCCCACAAGUAGCUGGAGGGUGGAUUGCAUCGCAGUCCGAGUUUAGCACUUCUGAAAUGAUGAAAACUUGAAUCUGAAAUGUAAAGAAAUACAUACUCAACAACCUUUUGAUAGGUUUGCUUGCUUGCACUGUGAAAUAUCCUUAUUUGAAAAUGUAAGGUUAUUUUAGUCAUUUAAUCUGGUGCUGUGAAUCAUCGACAAAUGCAUGAAACUGCAGCUUGCAUGCCUUUGUUCUUAGCUGGGGGGGGAUUUUCUUUGCAUGUGAUAACACUGUGGGAGUCCUGUUGCUUUCCUCCUGGAUAUAAAGGAAGUUUGCAUAUGCCCUGUGGAAUAUUAAAAUUCCCCCUCAGCAUUAGCCACCUAAACUGAUUGUGGUAGCCUUAGGUUUGCAAAGCAAUUGGUGGUUUGGUUGAGGUAGUGGCCUCUGUUUUAUCUUAACUAUUGAUUCAGGCUUCACACAGGUGUUUGUAAUGUAAUUGGGUUAUAUUACACACACACACACACACACACCACUCUACCUGGCAGGGCUCUAAAAACAUGCCUACCUCAGAGUUUUAUUGAAUGCCAGAGGAGGAAGAAGUUUGAUCACUGUCUGUACUUAAGAGUACUGCUCACUGUUAAUUCACUGUGUCCUGAGUACAGCCCAGAGAUGGAAUAAAAGUGAGUGGGUUUGCACAGUUAGUGAUAUGCUGGAUUGUGGUCUGGCUUUAUUUGAUAGACAAAGGUUGUCAUACAGUUCUGCAAGGUUUAAUCAGUAUUAUCAGCUCUGGUGGAUUGGUGACAGGAAAUCCGAAUCUGUGAGGGCAUAUUUAUUUGUUUUUUAAUGCUGUGUUGAUUCUAAAUAAUUGAAAAUAAAAUAUUUUAAAAGAACCCUUCCCUUCUAACAAGAAGUGGUAACUUUUGGUAAUAUAAGUUCACCUUAAACUUUUACUAAUAUUUGAGGUCAACUACACACUAUACUUUUAAAGCACAUUUAAAGUGCAUGGGUUCCCCAGAAUGUUUGACAUUGUAAUUUGCUAAGGUUGCUGGGAAUUGUAGCUCUGUGAGGGGUAAACUACACUUCCUUUAAAAGCAUGGUGUAGAUGUGACCUUUUGCAUCAGGUCAGAUAUGUAUGAUGCAAAGUUCAGUUAUGUAUUUCAGAUCACAUUUACCAUAGCAAGCAAAAGUCUGUUUCUAAGUAGCUGUCAUUGGAAAAUCCAGUAACAGCCAAACCUUCCUUUUUCUGAGUCACAUUUGAUACAUUCAAAAUAUAGUUUCCUCAUAUCAUACAUGCUUAAUAGAAACUAAAAGGGCUGUGAGUUCCUCCAGAAAAAAUGAAUAAUGUUGUUGUUCUUCAUCAUCAUCUUCAUCAUCAAAAAUGAGGUUCCAGUACCUGUACUGAUAUAUUGAUAAAAGCACCAUGGGUUCUAGCAGAGAAUGCCUGACAUGGCCAUUUAAAAAAAGUAGUACUAUAACACACAAAAGAAAGCCCUGAGUAAAGGGAAGGCGAGCGGGGGGUGGGGGAGAGAGAGAGCUUAUUGGUAAAUGUGUUUUGCAAAGGAGCUGUGAACCUUGCCUGACAGGUUUCUCUAGACAAUUGACAAUAUAGUUAAGAGGAGGGUCCCCUUAGCUCAUAAGUCAUACGGGAAAGACGAAGAAAUUUAGCGAUGCUUUUGUUAUACCUCAGCUAACAAGCUUGCAUCAUGCAUUCCUGGUCAGCUAAUAUUGUGCUAAAAAGGGAAUGUUGCUGAUAUCUAGCAAUUAAAGGAUAUUGCUAGGGAUGUAUGAAACUUCUACCUCUCCAGUAUUCCAACUACAGUAAUGAAUGUUUGGGCGGGGGAGGCAUAGGGCGGGAAUAGGAGGAAGAAUAAAGCUUCAAAAUAUGGUGGUUGAUUAUUUGUUUAUUUAAAAGCAUUUCUAAACCCCUGGAUAUUUUAAAUCUCUGUACAAAAAUAGAAACUUAAAACUAGUAAAAGAACAGUUUAAAAAAAGCACCCCCAGAAAUCUAGUAACAACAGGGUCCACUCUUAUGGGACAGGGGGGGAAACAUGCAAAACGAUUUGUCUUUACAAGAUGUCUGAACUAACUGGUGAAUGAUGCUUCACAUAUGCCUACUAAAUUACUGGUAUUGGUGAUCAUACAAAAGACAAAGCUCUGCUUACCCUCACGUUGCCUUUUCUGAAGACAAGCAAAAGUAUAGCAGCCCACUGUUUUUGUUUUUUUUAAAGUUGGUCGUACAAUGCCUUCAGACCUUUUUUUAAGCAAAAAAACCCCAUUAUAUAAAUAAAUGUAUUUUAUUUAUAUAAAUAAAUGGACAUUAUAAAAAAUAAAAUUAUAAAACAGUAGAGCAGCAUGAGUUCUGCAGGCAUUAUGAGAAUGGCACCCCAGUUUCCAGUUUGCCAGAUUGGUUGUGUGAAUCACUUCUGAGCUGGUUUAUUUAGAAACAUUAAAAAAAAAAAUUCAAUCAACUUCGUCCCUGAUUAUUAUAACAAUAAAGGACUGAACUUGAUCUAGAGAUGUCAUCCUUUCUAAAACUUUAAAAAUAAUGCAGUAUAAAAUAGCAUCUGAAACAUUUUGUAUCUCACAUAGUCAGAUUAGUUUCCUUAGAGAUUUCGGUUUGACUUUAUUGGAUGACUUUAUGGACUCAGUAGCUUUUGUAACUAUGCAUUGACUUGCAAUAUAUGGUUAAUUGUUUCAGUUCUCGGAAUGGCAGAUGACAAUGCGUAUCUCUUGGGAGUUACGGACCCUCAGGUGAGCAUUUUCUGUACCCUGUGAUUGUAACAUGCUGCUGAAAUGUGUGUAAAGCAUUAUGCGAAGUUGUGUUUCCUACUUUAAAAACUAAGGGAUGUUUGAGCCUAUAAAACAAAUAGGAGUGGGGGGAGAACCCCACCUCAUAUUGAGGACUUUCAUCCCUGACAGUUUCUGAAUUCAAUUCAAAGUGGUGAUUCUGAUCUUUUAAGAGCCCUUCACAGUGCGCUACCAUUGUUUCAAAGAUUGCCACUUCACACAGGUACUGACCUAAACCUUGAGAUCAUAAUCUCUGCACCCGCUACUUUGUAAGGUGAGGUAGAGUAGCUACAAGAAAAAAGGCGUCUCCAGUAGUGGUAUGGUUACCACCCCGAGACAGGCUCUCCUGGUGCUUCCUGUAAUUUCUUUUUUGGCACCUUAGUUUAUUUUCCCAAGCAUUUUAAACCGUUGUGGAUUUAAGAUUGUUUUGCUCUUUAUGUGUUUUUAUUCCUCUGCUCUGCUUUAAAGUAGUCUGGUUCUGCGGUUUUAUUUCUCUUCUCUCUGUUUUGAAUUGACUGUUUUGAAUGUAUUAUUAGGCUCUUUGUUGUUGUCGUCAUGUGUUAAGUUGCCAAGAGUACUGUUGUUGCAGGAUAUAAAGAUUGCAAAUAAAUAAAUAUAGAUUUGAUUCAGCUGGAAGUCAUCAACCUUGAGUGAAUUCAUGGUGGGACUGCAAAAUGGUAUUAGCGGUUGCUAUUCAGCUGCUCUUCAUUCUCUCUGUUGAUUGAAUAUGUUAUUUGAGGGCAGAGUACUUCUCAUAUUGCUGUGUUACUUUAAGAUAACUUUCCCUUGGACGUAUUCCUUUAUAUGAGAUAUACGCAUAUGAUCCUGUUCUCCAGUUUCUGUUUCAAAAUAAUUGCAGAUCUGUGUAAGAAAGUGCUAGAAAUAGUGAAAGGAAACUAGAUUUUGGACACAAAUAAUAAUCUAUUUUCUGUCCAUAUUGCUAAGAAAAUGCAAAGUAAGCUCUGCGAAUGAGAGACCCAUUAAAAAAGUUUACUUGCUAUUGCAUUUUUAGGUUAGUGUAUCCUGUAUGAGUCAUAACUAUGGUUUAGUUGUUGCUUCAUUUGCUUUUAAUGAGUGGGUGUUGCAACUUUUUGACAUUCACAAAGGUCUUUGUAUUACGCCCAUGUUCAAAUUAGCAAAAAGUAAAAUUUCCAAAUAUGAUCAUCCACCCACUGUGAAUGGUGAAACAUGAACAACUUUACAUUUUAAUUUUUUAAAAAAUAUAUACUGGUCUGGUUGGACUGGCAAUUCUACAGAUGUUAGCACUGUGUGUUCAUUAGUCACUUAUUAGGUAUUACCUGGGUCUUCUGUGAAAACCCUAUAUGGUUGAAAUAGUUAAGAUGUUGGGAACUACAACUCCCAUCAUCCCUGACUAUUGGCCAUGCUUGGUUGGGUAUGAUAAGAGUUUGCUAUCUGGAGGGUGCCACAUUCAAUGUGCCUGAGAUAUGGUAUAGGAACUAGAAGUUUGCCCUAAUGUCAUCUUUUCAAAAGUGGUUUUGAAGGAAGAGAUCACACACGUGAUCUGGCAGACUUCUUGCAAUGAAUGUGUGCAAUAUUAUGUAUUAUUGCAAUUCCAUAUAUCCAUGCUUGUGCUUCGCCUAUGGACUGCAAUCCUCUACCACGUGCUUAGCACCUUUGAAGUCUAUAUGUAACAGGAUACAGAACUUCAGCUACUGAUUGCAGUCCUGAGCCUUCCAGUAUAUUUGUGGCUCUCAUCAUUAUAUAGAUGGAGCGCUUCUUUUCCUUGCAUGAGAAGCAGAGAGGAAUCUCUGUUCCUGAACAAGGCUACCUUCAUAUGAAGAAACGUUAGCCUAACAUUUGGGCCUUUUUUUUUGUUUAGGAAAAAAGUGAGUAAGGGAAUAUUAUAUAUGUGUAUAAAAUUGUACGUAUGGUGUAGAGAAAGUGAGUAGAAUGGUUUCCUCCCUCUCUCCAAUAAAACUGAAUAUUGGAAGAAUGAGAACAGACGAAAGCACUUAUUCACACAGCACAUAGAAAACCAUGGAAUUUGUUCCCGCUAGAUGUACAUGACAGCCACCAACUUGGAUGGCUUCAUUUAUUUACGUACUUAUUGAAUUUACAUCCCACCCUUCCUCCCAAAGAAGCUGUAAGGCAAUACAAAUUAGAAAGCAAGCAAGUGAAACACCUCAGAGGUAAUUAAGAGCUUUUGGCAAAUUCAUGGAGGACAAAGCUAUCUUUUUCCUCCACUGUGUGGAGGCAGUAUGCCUCUGAAUACUAGUUCUUGGGAAUCACAAGUGAAUACCAUUGCACUUCACGUAGGUAUCUGGUGGCCACUGUCAGAAUAGGAUGCUGGCCUAGAUGAGCCUUUGGCCUAAUCUAGCAGGGAUCGCGUUGGGUUCUCAUGUACCUUGUUAGCGUCACAGACAUUGGAUGCAAUAUGGAGAAAGUGGGAUACACAUUUGCUGGUAGUUCAUCAAAUAGCAUACUGAUUCAACCCAGCUAUUGAAAAGAGUUUGCAUAUUUAUGGUAACUCCGCAGAACAAAAUUGGGUGAGGAAGCAAGAGCUGUAAAAUUAGUAUUUUUGUUACUAGAGCCUGAAAUCUAUUAAGAAGCACAGAUAUUCUCAAUGCAGGUGUAUGGAAUGGACCACAUGAUGGGGAUGAAUCAGCUGCUCAAUAGUACAAGCAUGAUUACAUCUGAUCUUCACCUGCACACAGGUAAAAAUCAUUUAUGCUUGACUGAGAUGGUUUGUAAAAUUGCUUCAUAUUCAGAAACUUAUAUUUGUCUAAAACAGUUAUAGAUUAUCGUUACCAAAAAAAGUAAAAAUCCUUCUCUGACAGCUUCUCCCAUUAUGGUAUUGUAGUAAUGUGAGAUGUGUUUGUGCCCAAAUUUUCCAUUCUAAAUAGCUUUGAAGAGCGCAAGACCCAUAUUGAACUGGGAAUUGCCAGCUUCAGAGUUUUGACAAUCAGAUGUUGUGUUUUUACGGAACAUGCUAGCAUAAAAAGGAUUAGUGCAGUACAGUUGAUUCUUCUUUUCAUUAUAUGGAUAUGAAAUGUUUGGAAAGUCUGGGGACUUUCUGUCAAUAAAUGCCGCUUGUUUCUUGCAACUGUUCAAAUAUGAAAAGAGUUUUGUUGAUACAGUCCUGUAAAGGACUUAAGCUGCCUUGUGCCUUUUCCUUCUUACACAUCAUGGAUGAUUCAUUACAAAGUUUGACAUCAUAAAUUAGUAGGGAAAGGGGAAGUACAAAUGACUUGCUCUCCCUUUUACUGUGCUUCCUAAGCUAUGUGCAAAGGAGAUCUCUUUUUCUCUGCUAUGAUGUGUGUGAACUUGGCACGCAUCACAACUCCCACUUUAAUUGACAUGCAUUCCCCCUCACUGUUACGUUUGAAGCUGCUGUUGAAAGUUGGCUGUUAGUUAAUGUGUAUAUUUACCUUGGUCCAAGGAAGCACAAGUGGGUGCACACAUCACUCACAUCCCCAGAGCACAUUUAACUUACAUUUAAAGCACAUGGCUUCCUCCCCAAAGUAUCUUGGGAACUGUAGUUUAUCCCUCUCAGAGCUACAGUUGGCAGCACCCUUAACAAAUGAUGGUUCCCAGGAUUCUUUGGGGGAAGUCAUGUGCUAUAAAUUCAUGGUGUGAAUGUGACCAUCAUUCCCAGGGACUCAUGGGAGGGUUCCUGAUUUUCUCUUCUGGUGACAAUCGCGCUGGAGGGUCUGCCAACAUUUUUUGGCCACAUUUCAUCAUGCACAGGGAGCUAAGGUAGGGAGAGGUGGCUGAAAAACUGAAGUGUACAUGUGGAAAACUGUCUGAGGACUUUUAGAUCCCCCACCCUUAUUUUAAACCUAUUUUUCCUUAAAGUUGAGGAAGUAAAUUAUCAGAAAGCAGUUUGAAAUCACUACUACUACUACAAAAAGUUAAUAAAACACAGUGAAUCUUAAAACUGAGCAAGCUUGCCCGACUCUUAACCAAAAGACACACAUGAACAAAAUUGUCUCUCAUUAUUUGACAAGGGACAGCCUUAUUAUAUACUUUGAUAAUCAUUGCAGAAUUGUUUUAGAUAACUUGUUUGUAGAAAAUUGUUCUUUUUAUAGUCGGGGAACUCAAGGCUAUUCUCAGCUGAUCUUGAUGCUCCUUGGAUCUGUUAAGAUUCUUCUUUGAUAGUUGAGCAGGAUUAAAGUAAUACAAUAUAAGUAUAACCAAAAAGGUUUUCAGAUCAAAGUCGUACAUCAGCCCUCAUUUUCUUAAGGCGUCAUAUGCAAAAUUGUGGCUUUGCAAAUAUAACAUUUUAUUUUUAUAAAUAUAAAUAUAGAGGCAGUAACACCUCUACUUUUACUAACUCCUUGUGCUAUUUUUGGAUAUAUAGAUUAUUCAAUCCUAACUUAAACUUUUUCUCUGACCAGAAUGUGCCCACCUGAUUAUACUUGAAGGGGGAAGGGUAAAUUCUGCUGGAGGGAGGGAGUGACAAAGGGGAGAAAUUGUAAAGUGAACUGUUAUCCUAAAAAAAGCAAAAUAGGAAAAUCUUAGAAUUUUUUUUUAAAAAAACCUAUCUUCCUUUCAUUUUUUGUAACAAGGUGAUGGGCCAUACCUUCAAAUUGUUGAACAACCUAAGCAGGUAAGAGAAGACUAUUGAUGUUCUGAAAUUACCACAACAAUCUCUCAGUUAACUGCUGUAAUGCUAGAUUUAGAAAUGUCGAACAACAUUUUGUCCUCUGGUUCCAUAUCUAGUCUGUCUUGUUAUGGGUGACUUAAUAUUGUUGCUUUUGGUUUGUUUGAACCUGUUGGGCGUCUAAAUGACAGGAAUAAAAAUAUAUUCCUUUAAACAAGAAGAUUCCCAGUGAGGAUGCCUUGUUUUGGCAGGGUAAAGGUAAAGUAAAGGUACCCCUGACCAACAGGUCCAGUCGUGACCGACUCUGGGGUUGCGCGCUCAUCUCGCUCAAGAGGCCGGGAGCCGGUGCUUGUCCGAAGACAGCUUCCGGAUCACGUGGCCAGCGUGACUAAGCCGCAGCUGGCGAGCCAGCACCAGCGCAGCACACGGAAAUGCCAUUUACCUUCCCGCUGGAGAGCGGUCCCUAUUUAUCUACUCACACUUUAAGGUGCUUUCGAACUGCUAGGUGGGCAGGAGCUGGGACCGAGCAACGGGAGCUCACCUCGUCGCAGGGAUUCGAACAGCCAACCUUUCGAUCAGCAAGUCCUAGGCUCUGUGGUUUAACCCACAGCGCCACCCGCGUACCUUUGGCAGGGUAGCUAUAAGUAAAUAUAAGGCAUAAGGGAGCCCGCAUCUGUGUGGUACUUCUACAGUGGGGAGUAGCCCAUGUGGUGCUCUCCACAUGUUGGUCUGUGACUCCCAGAAUCUCUGUCAAUUGGCCAUGCUAGCUUGGGCUAAUGUACAACAACACCUGAAAUUUCCAUAUUGAUCAUUCCAUAUUGACCAUCACCACAAGGCAGAAUACAUGUUUUCUCUGAAGGAGUGUAAAAUUGUGUACAAAGGAAAACUGGAACAAAAUAUCCUUAAAUAGGAGCAAUUCAAGAACCCCUGAAUAUUCUAGUGCUCAAGUCUUUGUUUUUUGACUUUAUUUCAGCAUUGAUUAGCCACCUAGAUCUUUAUCAUUCACACCUUGUCUUGUUAGGCAAAAUCCCCCCCCCCAAUUGUGGCAACUUUGGAAAGUACGUUGUUAUGGUUCUCUUUUUCUUUCUUUUUGAACGGGUGGUUAGUUGAUCUUAAGAACAAUAGUGGUUCCAAACUUCCAUGCCCUGCUUUUUUCUGGUGCCCCCUACCCUAUAGCAAGGUUCUCAGCACAGCUCACACAGCCUGGCUCCCUACUUUUGAUUUUCCUUUUAGACAAACCAGCUUACCAUCAAUGCAACUUAUGGAUGGCUUCUCCUGCAAACCAGGAUCAAAUCUUGUUAUUCAAUCCUGGUCUACAGGACAGGUAUGAGCCAUACUUUGCCUGAAACCAGGAGUAGUGGCAGAAAAUUAUCACGGAUGAGGAAGACAGGUGCUAAAGACAUCUGGCCACUUGCUUUUCUAUGGUCAAAACAGAGCUUGACGUUUUUGUAACACUUUAGGAAGCUGUCUCAGGCUCCAUGUCCAUCUAGCCCAGGCUUCCUCAACCUCGGCCCUUCAGAUGUUUUGAGACUACAAUUCCCAUCAUCCCUGACCACUGGUCCUGCUAGCUAGAGAUCAUGGGAGUUGUAGGCCAAAGGUUGAGGAAGCCUGAUCUAGCCCCAUGAAAUAUUCAAUGACUGCUCUCUGCAGUCUCAGAAAAAGCUUUUUCCUAUCACCUGCCAUCCGCUGCUUUUAACUGGAGAUGCCUGGAACCUUCUGUAUUCAAAGUAUGCUUCUUUGCUACUAAGCUCUGGUCCCUCCUAAUAAUAAUAUCUGAACCACUAUACUGAUGGACAUUUAAAGCACACGGGUUCCUCCAAAGAAUCCUGGGGACUACAGUUUACUGCUCACAGAUACAAUUCCCAGCAGUCUACAGUUCCCAGGAUCGUGGGGGUGGGGAUGAGCUUUUAAUGUGACUUAAUACAAUCAUCAGUGGUGCAUGAACCAGCUAUAAGUAAGGCAAGCACUCUUUGAGCAAAUCCAGCACCGCAGCAAUGAAUUAAGCUAUGCACCAUGUAAGCCCUGCGUCAUAGCCUCAGUGCCUCCAAUAUGAAGCUGUAUGUUAAGAAUUGCCCCAGUGCUGCUUCUUGCGUGAGCAAAGUAUGGUUUCCUCUCCUGAGAAUGUUGAAGCAUUUGCAGCAAAUUUGGAGUGAAAGUCGAACAUCCGUUGUAGUGUUAAAAUGGAAAAAGAUCUGGACAGAAUAGCUUUGCGGUUGCUUACUCAUUUUGAGAGCUAUUGUUUUGAGUAGGAUGGCUAGCUGUGGGCUGAAGAUGAUUAGAAUUUGAGACAGCCUCCAAAUGUUGGAAACGUGUGGCCUGCUUACUUGUUUGUUUUAGAUAUCUUGCUUCAGUUUGGGGAGGUAUGUUACACUGAAAGCAAGUGUCUUACUGAAGGCCGACUUUGCAGUGGCCAUAUUAGUGUGUUGCAGCAAAAAUCACGGUGCUUCCACAAUUUGGGCUUGUCUACACUUCCGUGCCAAGAAAGCACUGGUGCAAAAAACACUUUCUAUGUGUCCCAUUCUUUCCAGGCACAGGUCUGAGCCGUUUCGACUUUGCCUCACCUCUUUUCCCAGGAAAACCUGCUCUUUAGUGGUAAAUCAGAACAAACAGCAAUCCGUAGAAAACCCAAUUGCCGUUUUUCUGGAUUCAGCACUAAACCAUGAGUUUUUCUGGGGGAAAGCGGCAGGGCAAACAGAGCUGUGGACAAGCCCUUUGUUGCCCAAUUCUUUAUAACGGGCAAAAUAUCCUGCUGGUUUAUGUAACAACCAGUUCCUAUUUAACUUACAGCCUUGAGUGUAUUUACCAGUGUAAACUGCUUAGAGGUGUCACUAUAAUCAGGCAGUAUGUGAAAUAAAUAAAUAAACAAAUAAACAAAAUUCCAUAUAUAGAGAGAGAGAGAGAGAGAGAGAGAGAAAGAAAGAAAGAAAGAAAGAAAGAGACGGACCAGUAAAAGGACUGGCUCCAAGUAUCUCAUUUUCUGAGUUUAACAGGGCUGUGACUCUGUUCGAGAUUUCUCACACUGGAAGGGAAUGCCGUUCAGGCAGGGUUGCCAUCUGCAUGAAAGUGAUGUUUGAAAUAUGCUCCUAUUAUUUUGGGAGCAUGUUUCCAUGGAUUGGACAUGCAGUUUUUGUGGAGUGUUCAGGCUUUGGUUAUCAUGGCAGUCUGUGAGUUUAUCUCCCCAAUAUCCCAAACUUAUCUUUAAGUUUGGUUCAUGAUUUUUAUGGAUAGUAAAGAAAUAAAGAGUAACACAGUAACAAAAUGUACUUUUCCUUGCCAUGUAUACUGUUAGAUAACAGUAUAAUUUUUAAAUAUUAGUUUUGUUAAUGUGAUAUAUGAGAUGUCAUAUUACAGUGUAAGGUCAGCUGUAGUUGUAUCUUAAGGUUUUAGGGAGGAACAAACCAAGUGAAUACAUCAUUAUAACUUUAGACUUGUUCCGUUGUAGUUUUAAAACUUUAUUUUUUAUAUCAAGAUCUACAACUAUCAAAAGAGAACACAGAUUCAUGACACAUCAAUUACUCUUAAAAUACAACAAGCAUUAUACAAUGAAUUAGAUAUGGGUUUCCCAAACCUGGGUCUCCAACUGUUUUGAGCUACAACUCCCAUCACUCUUAGCUAGCAGGAAAGUGGUCAGGGAUUAUGGGAAUUGUAGUCCAAGAACAACUGGAAGUUUGGGAAACUCUGAAUUCACUAGCAUAAAGCUUUCCGUCUGCACAACGCCCUCCCCAAUGCCCUCCGCCAGAUAUUUGGGGGAAGACCCAGAACAGAUUUGCAGGGUGCAAGGAGAGGAGAGGAAAGUUCCAUUGCAUAGCCAACAGUCUUUGCACUAGCGGAUCUACUUUGCUGGAAACCACCCAAUGUUCAUAAUAGCUAUAUUUAAAAUGCCACUCAUUCUAACAGCUCCUCCCUAACUCAUCAUGUAAUUCCAUUUCCUUUUAGGCCUACUUAAGAAAUAUCUCCUCGUUCUCUCUCAGUUUUAUGUUAUCCACAAUUUAUUGCAUUUUAAGGAAGAUUUAUUGUACAUUUGUACCUUGGUUCUUGAACGGAAUCCGUUCAGGAAGUCGGUUCGACUUCCGAAAAUGUUCGAAAACCAAGGUGCUGUUUCCGAUUGGCUGCAGGAGCUUCCUACACCCAAUCAGAAGCUGCACAAGCCACGUCCGACGUUUGGCUUCCAAAAAACAUUUGCAAACCAGAACAAUCAUUUCUGGGUUUGCAGCAUUGGGGAACCAAAACGUUCAAGUCGCAAGGCUUUUGGGAACCAAGGUAUGACUUUCUCUUAUUGUGUUACUUGCUCUGGGGUCACUAUGUGAUGAAGUGUGGCACAGAAAUUCAAUAAGCAACAUAAAAUUAGUAUGGGGGCAGAGAAAAGUGAAGAAGUAAAAAUUAAUGCAUUCUCUUCACUCACCAGUGCAGUAAAGAAGCUGGCGUUGUGAGAGAAGUUAAUUCAUUAACCUUUUAAAAACUGAUCUCCUCAGAGGGGUUUUCGCUUCCGAUACGUUUGUGAAGGACCAUCGCAUGGUGGACUUCCUGGAGCUUCUAGCGAGAAGAACAAAAAAUCAUAUCCACAAGUUAAAGUAAGUUCAUAAUUUACUUGCCAUUUAUUAUUUUGGUUAUGAUUAUUAAACCAUCGAUUUGCUUGGCACUUUACAGCAGCCUUCCCCAGCCGGAUACUCUCCAGGUAUUGUUGGACUGAAACUCUCAUCAGCCCCUGUCACCAUGGCCAAUGGUCAGGAAUGGUGUGACCUGUGGUCAAAAUAUCUAGAGGGCACCAGAGCUAGGAUGGUACUCACUUUUUUUUUAAUUGUAUGUACUGCUGCUGCUUGCUUUGGAUAUACAGUGGUACCUCCAGUUGCACACAGGAUCCGUUCCGGAGCUCCAGUCGAAUCCCGAGGAAUUCGCACCUGGAGGUGCCUGUUCUGUGCAUGCGCAUAGCGCGGUAGAGCAUUUCUGUGCAUGCACAUGGUGGGUAGAGUGCUUCUGCGCAUGCAUGAGCAGCAAAACCCAGAAAAAUACUUCUGGGUUUGCCGCGUUUGCAUCCUGAAGGAUACGCAAUCAGAGGUGUGCGUAUCCAGAGGUACCACUGUAACAGGAAUGGAGGUUGCAAUAGAAAGAGGAAAGUCUUGCCUAGACACUUCCCAACCAAAGCAGUGUGAGAAUGACUGAAACAGUAUAAUCCGUUACUGGAAGGUUUGGGCAAAGGGAUAUUUAUAAAGUGUCAAUUGUACAGUUAUACAAGCAGUUUUGUUUCGUUCCACAUUGGUUCACAAAUUUUACUUUUUGAAAAGAAUUGUAGUAGCAGCAGCAGCUCCUCUUCGCUCACUCUCAGCCUUACCUACCUUCUGAUGAUAAAAUGGGGAGGAGAAGAGCCAUGUGCACCACAUUGAGCUCCUUGAGGGAAAUGUGGGGUAGAAAUGCAGCAAAUAAAUAAAUAACCAAACCCUUGGGUGGGGUUCCCUAAGGAUUUUGAUUAGAAAAAUGAAAAGUGUACUAUGGUUGUACGUACUUGCUUAUGUGAAAGGUCUAAAGGGCUAAUUCAGUUAGUUUGUUUUUAUAAAAAGAGACUAUUGUACAUGCAAGGCUGCCAUUUUUUUAUUUAUAUGUGCUGGUCAAUGGAGAUGGAAUGCACAAAGCAUUAGAUAGUGAAUUGCUAAUUAUUAUUUAGCAUCAAGCUUGUAUUUUGCCAAGUAGAGAUUUGUGGUCGCCUCGUACUCCCCAAGCAAUGUUAAGCUCCAGGGUAGAACUACAAAGCAAGUUUCAUUUGAAGGAGAGAACUAUGAAGGCUUAUGGUGUUUGCAGUACCUGUUCAUUUUAAAAUCUAUAGUUUGAACAAGUGCUGAGCAAACUUGCACAAGUAGGCAAUGCCGUUUCCAAAGUAAUAGUGGUAGCCUGUUCGAAAGCCAGCUCUGAAAACUUAAGACUGCUUUCUUUCUGCAUGAAUUAAAAAAUGCCUCCUUAGGAAACUCCUGGCACACAUCCUUUUUUCCCAACAGCAAAGACCAGUCUGGACUUUUUCAGCCCUUCCCCAUCCUGCCAAUAGACAUAAUAUUCCAAGCAGGCUUUUUAGACAAAAGGCAGCUUUAAAGCUCAUGUCCCACUUUGCAUGAAUAAAGUACAUCUGCAACAGUACUCUACAAUCUUUAUUGUCAACUUCUUUCUAAAAUGCAUUGUUCCCGUUGCAUUUUGAUUCUGCAAAGACCAAAGCCCUAGGCUGACUGUUGAGACUAUGGCCUCAUUUUCACUGAGGUGGCAAACCUAUGUCUGAGUUUCACCCCCUCCGACUACAUUAUUUUAUAUUGUUCCUAAAAUCUUUUAUCCAUGCAGAAACGAGGCCAGAACCCUUCUCCCUUAAAACUAGUGGUCUUUUAUGUGCAGGGAUUAUUUAUUAAUUUUUGGUGUGGAGGAACAUUUAGUUAUCUCAGUCCCUGCUUGCAUUCUGAAGUGUUAGAGGCUAGACAAGGGUUUAACAUCUCCACUGAGAACUGGGCAUGUGACGAGUCUAGAUUUGAAGCGUGUAUUCUGUGGUAGGUCAAAGGUUGAUUUGGAGUGCACACCCAGUUUUCUUGUUUCUACAUAUUUUGGCUGUUAUUGGCAUGGGAAUGCCAUGUUUCAUAGUGUCAUGUGUCAAAAUGAAGAACUGGGCCAGAUGCAAUUCAUUUCCAUCUUGUAGAGGACAUUCUCCCCUGAAGGACAGAGGAAUCUGGGACCUGCCCCAUCCAUUUACUUAUCAUUGCACUCUGUUGCUGCAGAAACAUUUCUAUCCAGUCUGGCUCCAGUGUGGGAAGUGAACCAGGCUAGAGAGGCAAGUGCCUCAAAUGGAGGGAAGGGAGCAGGUCCCAACUUUAUAUCUGAUCAGAGCUGAUGCACAGCAAACGAAUGUGAUUGUCCCUGUCACAUCUAGUUUGACCUCUAGAGCUCACCGGCAAAAAAACAAUAUUUAUUUAAAUGAAUUUUGAAAAUAUGACAUCAAAAAUGUUCCCAUGAUGUUUGUGGAAAUGGUAAGGUGUGGCGUUUUUUCCCCUUUAUUAACAUUUCAUUUAUUUCAUAUUUUGUCAUAGUUUCAUUCCUUAAACUGCAAUCCUAUAUUUGCUUACCUGAGAGUCCCAUUGAACUUGGUGGGAUUUGCUUCUGAGUGGACAGGUGUAGAAUUCCACUGCCAGCCUUUCUUUAAGUGUGUUUUUUAUUGUCUUAGUGUUUUGCUUUGUAUAAAUCUUCCUAUGGCAACACCUGUUAGGAGAGGCUGGCAGAUAAAUAUAGGGAACUUCCUCAAGGCUACUUACUGGCUUGUUAGUGCCUGUUCAUGAUUUCAAGUUUAGCCAAAAGGAAAGAGAAAUAUUUUGCAUUCAAUUAUCCUUCUGUCAGCCUACCCUAGCUCCAGGUGCCUCCUUUUCAUGAAUGGCAAAAUUUUCAGUAUGUUUUAACAGAUUGUUCUAACAAAUGAUUUGUCAGAAUGGACCUUGUGGCAAAAUAUAUUUCACUCCAUGGGUAAUUGGAGAUUUCCUACACCCCCCACCCCAUUUAUUGUUAUAUUUCUGAAUAGCAGUCCUAUUUAUCCACCAGGCUCCCAGAACAGAUUUAGAUGACAUCACUUCAGCUAGUAGCUCAGAGCAGAUAUAUUUUCAUUACGGAGUUGAGGGGGAGAGGCAACUUGCCGCCAGCUCCUUCAUCUUGUUAGGAUUCAGUUUAUUGGCCCUUGUCCAGCCCAUUACGGUCUCAGGCACUGUUUCAGCACCAACACAACUCCACCUUGUUCAGAUAGUAUGGAGGGAUGACUCCAGACUCCAAAGCCCCUGGUGAACAUAACCAGUGGCUUAUAUCACAUGUUAAAUAGCAAUGGGGAUGGAAUAGAACUCUGCAGGACUUGACAGCACAAGUGUCAUGCUAAGCAAAUGCCACCAAUGCUGUUUUUUGGGAAUGGCACAGAACAGAACCACUGUGGUCACUUCAGAAGGAUACCAUGGUUGAUGGUAUGAAAUGAGAUAAAGGAGAGCCAUGUGCCUGUUCUCCUCCCAAAGCAAGUCAUCAAGCAGAGUGACCAAAGCUGGUACUGGUGCUGAUUUGGAAUUGGUCCAGAUAAUCAGCUUCAUCCAAGCAUGUCUAAGCCAUACAACCAUAAGAACUUGUGGAGUGAAGCCUAAGCCCACCUGUCUCUACGGGGCAUGUUUGCAAUAUCUAAUCUACAUAGUCCAAACACACAGUUGAUUCUCUAAUAUUUUCCAAUGGAUCAUGUGUUGUGUGACACUCAUAGGCCAACUUCAGAUUUUGGUGUUCUGUGUGAUUAUCUAGAUCUGCCUGAUGAUCUCACUUGAACUGGCCACACCAUCUGCAUCUGGCAGGGCCUUGAGCCUUGGCCAGCCUAGCACUCCUUGAUCAUGUUAUGGAACUUAAUUGAUGGUUAUCAAUUCCCUGAGGCAUCUGAAUAGCCUUAUUUAUAAUUUCUGCUUUAGGACUGCUUUGUGUCUAUGCUUGAGUGCACUCACAAGGCAAUUAUAAGAAAAGUCACUGUCUGAUGGGUACAACAAGCCCAGAAAAACUCAGGUAGGAAAUGGGAAUUCGGCCUUUGAUUUAAGCAGAAUGUGAAUUUAGUAUCCAUUCACCGCCAUAGGACCCAUGUUGGUCAAAUUAUAAGGCUUUUGGGUUUUGGUAAACAACUUUUACUUUGUGAUAUGGAAUGGCUGAGCUGGCCAAUGGCUUAGAAUAUCUAGUUCUUCAAUGAACAAAGCAGUUUUCUCUCAGGGUUCUGUAAUGCAAGGGGAACUUGGCAGUUUGGUUACGAUUAGAGCCUCACACAGGAAAUGUCUGAGGACUGGUAAGAAGCCCCAGAGACUCAGGAAUCUUAAAGAACAGGAAGCCUAGGGGCAAGGACCAUGCAGAAAAAGUGUAGGGUCAGCAGUUGACCAAUAAAGUGGAAUCUGAAAGAAGGGUAGGUGGAUCAUGAAACUGAGGGAAUAGUCCAAGAGAAGUAAGACCAAAUAAAAGGGUAACGUGACUCUGAAGGAACUUCACAGCACUUAAGCUCAAGAGGGGACUUACUAUAGGGCAAAGGAGCACCGGUGGGCUGAAGAUGGCAAACAAAGUAGUCAGUGGCCUAAGCACUAGGUAGCAGACCCAAGAAGUUGAAGGAAGCAAGUGCCAAGAUGAAAGCAGCAUUGGACCAAAACUACCCACCAUGUUAAGGACAGGAGGGUCUAUAUUAUAUGGACAUGAUAUCAGGAACAAUAAUAGUAAUAAUAAUAAUAAUAAUAAUUUAUUAUUUAUAGCCCGCCCAUCUGGCUGGGUUUCCCCAGCCGCUCUGGGCGGCUCCCAACAAAAUAUUAAACCAAAUAAAACAUCAAACAUUAAAAACUUCCCUAAAGAGGGCUGCCUUCAGAUGUCUUCUAAAAGCUAGGUAGUUGUUUAUUUCCUUGACAUCUGAUGGGAGGGCAUUCCACAGGGCAGGUGCCACCACCGAGAAGCCCCUCGGCCUGGUUCCCUCUAGCUUCACUUCUCGCAGUGAGGGAACCGCCAGAAAGCCCUCAGAGCUGGACCUCAGUGUCCAGGCUGAACGAUGGGGAUGGAGACGCUCCUUCAGGUAUACUGGAAGCAAGCAGUCAGGCAAGUAAGAGAGAAAGGGUGCAUAGAGUAAUUAGGCAAAAGUUUUGAUAGGGAAUGACUACCUAAAAGCUGCAGAACCAAUCCUAUGAAACGAAAGAAUGGGGAGUGAGAAAGGUGCGAGUGGGGAAAGUUCAAAUUAAAAUCUAAGCUGGAGAAGAAGUUUUGGAUCAUAAUAUUUGAGGCAGACAUCACAAUCCUUCCAUCUCUUAUUUCCUAGCUGGAAAAUCCAAGUCUUGGUGACUUCCAAGUAAGCAUGCCUGGGCUCAGCCUGUAAAGGAGCAAUGCAUACGAGGUGAAUGCAAAACAUUGGGUGAAAGGCUGGCUGAGUUUGUGGAAAGCAUGCAUGGGCUUCCUAUUCCUCUUAACAAUAGUGUUUUGCUGCCUGAAUGCAUGCCCUUAUCUGCUCAUGAGUGGCAGAACAAGGGAAAUGGGGCUUUAAUUUAAUGUCAGAGUGGAUUGUGCUCAUACUGUGUGCGGUCAGUUUAUUUUGUCAUCUAUUGGCCACUUAUUUCCUUUUUCUUCUCUAGGUUUCGAUUUUACUAUCUGUAUGCAUAAAUGGAGAAACAAUGGUGGAUUUGAAAUGAAGUUGAUUGCAUGUAUUGCAGGCUGCCCAAAAUUGAUGGGGGUUUUUGUUUGUUUGUUUCAUUUCAUAUUUUUUUAAAUCUCAGUAUGAUUCAAACUUAAGUUACCUCUCUAAUUAGUAUUACCAAACUUUCUCUCAACUGGGAUGGAGUAAAUAGGUCAGCUAAAUGUUAAAGCAAGGUCGGAGUCACAACAAAUGCAUCAUGGCUCAGUAGUGAGAAUAUUUGUUUUGCUUAUUACAGAUUUGCAAUUAUGCUGGGCCUGCAAAAGUCAUUGUGCAGUUAGUCACAAAUGGAAAGCAUGCUCACCUGCAUGCUCACAGCUUGGUGGGGAAGCACUGUGAAAAUGGAGUGUGCACUGUUAACGCAGGACCAAAAGACAUGGUUGUAGGGUAAGUGCAUCUGUGUAUUUGUAAUUGCAACUGAGAUUCCCCCUGUGCUACCUUUUCACACUGUGACUAGGGACAAACCAUCCUGUCCUGAUGUAGUUUCUCGAAAUUGGGUGUAGUGGCAACCUAUGGCUUCUUUCAAGAGAAGAAAAUUUAGACCAUUUCAGAGGAGUGGGAAGAGUGCAAACAGAGGGCUCAUACACAUAGUGUUGAAGCGUUCUUGAAUGUUAACUCUGAACUGGGGAUAGAGGAAGAAGUUCGGUUCAUAUUUUGGGAAUGUGCCCUUCCCAAAACAAGAUGCUAAGGAAUUAUAGCUCUGUGAGGAGCACCCUCAACCAACUACUGUCCCCGGGAUCCUUUGGGAGAAGCAAUGACUAUUUAAAGUGGUACAAAAGUGCUUUCAAUGUUUUGAUGUGGGUGUGAGGUAGCAAUGAGAAUGCUAAAUCCUAGUUAAUCUACUUCCUAUUUUAAAGAGAUUGUUCAAGUAAAGUACACAUUAUAUUGUUUGCAGAGUUAGAUCCAGUUUCAAAAAACUGCUGGUUUGAUGUCCUUAAUCUACUUUCUGGAACAUAUAUACCAGUCUUGAAAGAAUUCCAAGACAGGCUGCUUUUAACACCUGAAGGUUUUUGGCUUUUGAUGCUGAGACCCAACUUGCCAGCAACUUGAAUUCAAAACUUCAGAUUUGCUCUGUUGAGAUUUUGCUGGGAAUCUUGAAAGAUUUGUCACGCUACCUGUUAUGUUGUUUUUUUAUCCAAAUACUGAAACAAUACAUUUGCCCCAAGGACUCAAAACUUUUAUUUGGAAUGUAGGCAUAUUGCUUGCUUACAUUUGUGAGAAUGUGUUUUUUAAAAAAUAAAAAUAAAAAGAUCUGGAACUUCCCCUUAAAUUCAGGGUAUAUAAUUCUCAGCUAUUUGUUCAACAAUGCAUAUUGUUUAAUGUCCUAUUGCUGUUAAAACUAAAACCUUCAUAACCUUUCCCAUACAGUAUUACAAAAAAAGUAUUGCGUGAGUUAAUCAGAGCUGUGUUUACCAUUUAUUUGCAGUUAGAUUUUCUCCAAAGAGCAUAAGACGGCAUAUUUAGGUAAAGGUAAAAGUACCCCUGCCCGUACGAUUCAGUCUAGACAGACUCUAGGGUUGUGCGCUCAUCUCACUCUAUAGGCCGGGAGCCAGCGCUGUCCGGAGACACUUCCGGGUCACGUGGCCAGCGUGACAAGCUGCAUCUGGCGAGUCAGCGCAGCACACGGAACGCCGUUUACCUUCCCGCUAGUAAGCGGUCCCUAUUUAUCUACUUGCACCCGGGGGUGCUUUCGAACUGCUAGGUUGGCAGGCGCUGGGACCGAGCGAUGGGAGCGCACCCCGCCGCGGGGAUUCGAACCGCCGACCUUUCGAUCGGCAAGUCCCAGGCGCUGAGGCUUUAACCCACAGUGCCACCCGCAUCCCGACGGCAUAUUUGGUUAUUCCUUAUUGCAUUUUAUUCACACAGUAGCCCAUUGACAUGGGUUAAGCAAAGAGAGAGAGAGAGACAGAGUGAGCCCAACAUCACCUUAGAUCAGUCAUGAAGUGGGCUUCAGGACCAGUUGGGGAUUUGAAUACAGGUCUCUGUGGUCUUAGACACUCAAACCACUUUAACAUGCCGAGUCAUGGGUAUUCUCAAAAACAAAGAGAGCACAGGCAGUAGAAACAUUGCCUAAGUUGUGUUGGCUGGGGCCAAGGGACCAGAAAACAUAAGUAGCAAUGAAAAAUUGUACUGUACUCCCUUUUACGUGAACAAAUUCAAAGACCUAUUUCAGAUACUUAUCUUGUACUUCUGUGUAGAUUUCCAAACCUGGGGAUACUGCACGUUACAAAGAAGAGAGUCUUAGACACACUGGAAGCACGUAUGAUUGAUUCCUGUAAGAAAGGGUAUAACCCAGGGCUCCUAGUACAUCCUGAUCUCAGCUAUAUACAAGUGGAAGGCGGAGGGGAGAGACAGCUAACAGGUGGGUGAUAACUGACUGUGGUUCGGGAUCUCUCUUAACACAGGAAAUGAUUUCUUGCUGUCAACUCUUUAUUUUCUAUUCCUUAAAAUAAGUAUCCCCCAAGUUAAAUAUAGUUAGUCCUGCUCACUUGAAUUUCUUAAAGGAGAAGAAUGAUACCACUUGUGAUGUUUUUAGAAGAAAUAAAAUACAAUGGGAAAGGAAAGCAAAAGCUGCUUUGUGCUGCAAUGUGUGUUAACAAAAACAUUUUCAAAGUUCAUUUCUGCAUUAAUAAGUCCCACAGUCUUGAAGGUCAUCCAUCCAUAAUUAAUUACUAGAAGGUUAACUAAUUUUAGCCUAAUUUCCAUCAUCACAUGGGAAAACUUAGAGGUAGGGCUUAGCUAUAUGUUCCACUUAGUCCCAUAGUCCUUACCCUCCCUCCCAAAGGGAGCUCUCUCAUCAAGUAAAGCAGCUGUGGGUGACUUCAAGUUGAGCAGAAGAGCAGCAGAACUUCCCAUAUCACUUAAGGAGAAAGGCAGUGGGAGGUUUGUGCAUGCAGUAUUGCACAUGCAAAAGACUUGGCAACCCUUUUUCACCCCGCCACCAGUCAUCUUCUCACCUUAAAGCCACCUACAGCUAAGGGAACAUAGGAAAGUAAUGCAUCCGUCCAUCUAGCUCAGUACUGGUUGCACUAACUAAUGGUAGCUCUCCAGAGUUUCAAGCAAGGGUCUCUCCCAGCCCUCUGUAGAAAUGCCAGAGAUUGAACCUAGUAACUUCUCUGUGCAAAGGAGAUGCUUUUGCUGCUGACCUGCAGUGGGGGUGGAGUGGUGGGUGAGUGAAUUUUGGAAAUGAACUUUUAACAUAAUUCCUUAUUUACUUGAUAAUACCAAUUGGCCCUUUGCUUUGUUGCAGUCAUGUUAAAAAGACCUUGUUCUCAGGCAAGAUACAUACACAAACAGAAAACAAACCUAUACAAAUACAUUUCUCAGUAAUGUGCCUGCUACAUUCAUAUUUGACUGCACAAGGAAAAACAGUAUCUACAAAGUCCAUAAAUGUUCCUGUGUCUCUUCUACUGGCAUAGUCAAUAAAGUUUCACUAGGUUCUAAUAAAAGUAUAUGGUUUACCUUGGCAUCUUAAUAGUUUCAUUUUGCUUUCUUGACCGUUUGAUACCAAAAUUCCAGUGUAGCAGCACUGAAGUUCUUCUGAUGUCUGGCAAUAAUGUUUGAAGCAAGUCCUCAUGUGCUUCCUUAAGCAUAGAAAUGUAUUCCAAGUGCAUUUAUUGGGGAAUGCCCAACAUAAAUAAAGUUAGUUUUAUUUGCAAAAGUUGCUGGGCUCUGAGUCAACUUUAUGUUGAAUGCCAGCAAUCUAUCUGUAAUGGAAAGUUUCAACUUUUUCCACCAGAGAACACCCUUUUCUUCGGUUUGCCAAAAUUUGCCUUGUAUGGUUUAUUUAAAUUUCUAGUUAUUGGGAUGCCUAAAUAGUGACAGUUAUGAUAAUGUGUAGAAAUUAAAAUAAUAUCACAUAAUGCUGAUUGACGCUUCAGUAGAAUGUUAAAAUAGGCCUAGAUGUAGUGAUCACCAUAUCGUCUGCAUACAUCAAGAAUAUUGUUUCCCUUAAUGGUGAUUCCAUAAAUUGGUUGGCUCCACUUUAAGCCUUCUUGCUAGUAGUUCUAAUGCCAAGAUAAGUGCAGUUAAUGAGCACUUUUGCUUCAUCAUUUUUUGCAUAUGGCAGUUUCAUGAUUGGGUUGACUAUUUGACGGCAUAGGAUGAGGCCUUUACUUUGCCUCCUGAAUCUUCUCUUCUCCCACCCUCACUGCCAUCCUUUGCCGGUACCACCAUUACAGGCAUAAGGCUACAAUAAUUCAGUUCCUUUCUUCCUUGAUUGCAGAGAGAGAAAGAGAAAUCAUUCAUCAGUCAGCUCUUCAACAGACAAAAGAAAUGGACCUCAGCGUAGUACGGCUCAUGUUUACAGCGUUUCUUCCUGACAGCACUGGCAGCUUUACAAGAAGACUCCAACCUGUCUUGUCCGAUCCUAUAUAUGAUAGCAGUGAGUGUCUUGCCUAUCUUCAUUCAUACUGCUAUGGCCAAAUCCCAGUCCAGUGUUUAUUUUGAUUUAUGAUUGUUUAUUCUUGUAGGGUUAGAGAGGCUGACCCCCAUCGCUUUUAACAUUCACUGAAAGUUUGAGAUCUUUUAAAAAACUGAAAAAUACCAUGUAAUGUCUAAGAAACAUAAUUCCCUACACACUACGACAGUAUACACUGUGCAUGUGAUGCAGUAAGACAAAGGAGAACCUAGGACAUGUUUGCUUGUGAUGCAUAACUAGUGUUCCUUUUAGUGUCUCCCUUGAUGCACCCAAAGAUGUCAGUCAAGUUCUAAGGUUAUGACUUAUAGAUCUACAAAUUAAUGACAUGCUGUCAACUAAACUGCCUGUAAAAUGUCUGUCGUUUCGAAGAGCUUUGGUAUUCGGUGUUUUCUUUGCCACACAGUUAAAAUGCUUGAAGAGUAAAGCAUACAGGGCAUAAUCCAAACAACUCCCAAGGGUUUCUGGGUGGCAUGUUGCAAAGGCUUGAGAAUAUGGUUCAUCUAGGACCUGGGUGCAACUUAGCAAACCUUAUAGCUGGGUGGUAGAUUGGCGGUGGCAAGCAGUGCGGGGCGCAUCUCAGCUCUGAUAGUCCUGAAUGCAUUGUGGACAAAGCAGGUAAUAUAUUGGAGAAUUUGAAGACAUCUUGGGUAUAAACAGGAAACUGAAUUCUCCUCCACCUCCAUCCCAGACUUUCCAAACCUGCUAUGAGCCACAGUCUAGUGAAUCCACUUUGUCCUUGAAACCUCUCAGCCCCCACCUCUCACUAUAAAAUGGCUUAUUCCCUGUGGUCUGAGACUGGGGGCCUGGCAUCCUGCUGUACAUCUGAAUUUCCAGUCCUCGUGUGUAAGGAAUUGUUCUUAUAUCUGUUUCAUUAUCAAGCAAAAAAAAGUUGUUGGCAAUACUUUUUGUGGGGGUGGGCAGUAAGGCCUGCUAAAGAAAGCCUUCUGUGUGGAACCUGCAGCAACUUUCUCCUUUGGAAAUGGUAUGAAUCACAAUAAUGAUGAUCUCUGUUUUGUGGUUGCAUUUCAUUUCCCCCCUAUCCUUUCUUCAACUCAGUUUGGUAAACUGUAACCUGCCUUAAAACUAUCUUGCCAAUUCUUCAGUGUAUUGUAACUCUUAUUAUGGCCGUAUUAUAAUAUUAAAAGAUGGAUCAGAGGUUCCUCCACUUACUACCUUUAGUGUCGAUUCAGUACAGUUAUGAACAUUGUGUGGAUGUAUUUCAUUUUAACUUUGAAAAUAAAACAUGGCUAGAGGAGGCUCUUGCAGGAGUAAACUUCAUAGACUCCCCGUUUUUACCAAACAGAAGCCCCCAAUGCAUCUAACUUAAAAAUUGUACGAAUGGAUCGGACAGCAGGCUGUGUGACAGGAGGAGAAGAGAUUUACCUUCUUUGUGACAAGGUUCAGAAAGGUGAGAACUCAGGAUGCUUUUUCGUAUUUGAGCAUGAUUCUAUGAUAAUCACUACGACUUCAUAACAACCACUGUUCUAAAUGUGUCAAACUAUGGCCAUAAUCACACUAUACAUUUUUUUUUUUAAAAAAUGUGUUUAUGCCAGGGGGGUUAUUGGUUUUUUCUGUUUUAUUCUGUAUUUUGUGUUGUCAUUUCAUGUGUGUAUGUUGUGAUCUUCAUACUGAUAUACUGGUAUACUGAUUAAAUAAAUUAAAUAAUAAUACAUUAAAACAUUAUGAUACCACUUUAUACAGUCACAGCUUCCCCCAAAGAAUUCUAGGUUUUUGAGAGUUGUUAAGAGGCCUUUAUUCCCCUUGCAGAGUUACAAUUCCCAUAAUUUUCUGAAAAGAAGGAUUGGUUUUUUAAAAGCAUACUUGAAAUUCAUGGUGUCAAUGUGACAUGUAACUGUGGAGACUCAGACCUCAUUUCAGCCAUGAAAUUUAUUGAGUGCCUCUAGGUCAGUUCCUAUUUGUCAGCCUGACCUGACUUGGGGGUUUAUAAUGUGGAUUAAAUGGGGGUGGAAGGACUACUCCUAGCACCCUGAGCUCCUUGGAGGGUGGGUGGGUUUUAAAAAGGAAUAAAUAAGUCAAACAGCCUUUUCCAAGACCAUAAUGUUUUAUUUUGUAAGAAAGUGCCAGGCUGGGUUGGGGUUUUUUUCAUACUAUUAAAUUGCAGUAAUAAAGCAAUGCCCCAUAUACUGGGCAUAUGCAAGGUUGACCCACUGACAAUAUUUAAACAAUCAUUGUUUCUGAGAUAAAGAAAAUGGAAAAAUCCUUAGAGCUCAGUGCUUUAUACCAUGGUUCUGUGGCACUAUUCAUAGUCAGAGAAGUAGACUGGUGCCUGUGUAACAGAAAUGUCCAAACUUCACAUGGUUGUUGGACUUUUACUUGAUGUUUCUAUAUCAGUUUAAAAUGGAUGCCCUGAAACUGAAAUAUUUUAAAAUUUUGACUGGUGUGUUGGUGUGGGAUUUUGUUCAGUUUUUAAAAUGUCUUCAGUGUUUUUUAUUAUUAUUACGGAGUUUUAUCAAAUUGCAAAACGUAAUUAUGUUAUGCUUGUUUUAUACAUAAUAAUAAAGUGUAAAUUUGCCUUGAGUUUAAUUUGGCAGAAAGAUAGCCUAAAAAUUCUAAUUUAAAAAAAAUUCCAGCCUAUUUCCUGCUAUUCCAAAUCACAAUAAAUGUCCACAGUAGGGACAGUUUUCUCCCUUGUUUUGACAUUUUAUGAGUAACUUUUCUGAAGUCUCAGAAAGUCAUUUCUAAUCUAAGGAAGGGAAGUGAAAAAUGUGUGUGUUAAAAGCUGCUUUUGAAAAAGAAAAAAAAAAGUCUGACUAAAUGGAAACCCCAAAAUGGGGUUUUCCCUUAACAUGAACAUAGUUUUCCCUUAUGACAUCAUUUGUUGAAAUCUCUCAGUCCUUGAGAAUUGAAAUGUAUAAAGAGAAAGUUAGUAGGGUUUUUCACAGUAAAGGCUUCCAGAUUAAAGAAUGGGAGAUAAACACCCAUCUACUGCCCCCUUGAUUUAGAAAGGAACAAACCUCUUUGGCCAACACCAAAAGAUGGAAAAUACAGGCUUUUUGGGGUAAAAUUGCAGUCUGGAAAUGGUACCUCCAGUCCUGUAGGGAUUCCAGUGUACUCACUGAGCUCCUCCACAAGUCUGUAUUCCACGGCUUGGGAACCUGUGGCUAUCUGGUUGUGACUGGAUUACAACUCCCACCAUCACUGACUAUUAGCUGAGGCUGAUGGGAGCUGGAGUCCAGACAACAUUUGGAGAGCCACAGGUACCAACGACCUGCUGUAUGUCUUCUAUGAUGUGCAUCACCUACAACUUAGAGAUAAUAGAUUCCAAAUGUUGUGCAAUUGGAGGGUGCUGAAGGCUGACAACAGCCAAGGAAGAACUUUUCUGCCUAUGUCCCAUUUUACCCCCUACCCACCCACACCCCAGGUAGAGAGGACAAUCCCAAUCCGCAGCCUAGGAUGAAUUGACCUGAAGGGGUUUCAUUUUGUCUUGCAUGCCACUCUGGUUUAGCUGUACUUGGAAGUGAAUUUUAAUAAAAUGGUGUUCCGGUUAAUCCAAAUGGUCCAGUUUCAUACAGCAUAGUAGGAACUAUUUUUUUGUUAUCUUCAAAGCCCUCUGGAGGAGCAGAGUUUUAACCUGCCACAUGAAUGAAGGGAUCAGGCAAGUUAGUAAAGCACCUCUGCUGAGAAAGUCCUGCCUCAUGUUGCCACCAAACCCACCACAUAUCAGUCGGCUGGAUUUGGGAUGGCGUUGUAGAGCAAGGCCUCAGGAGAUGACCUGAGCCACAAAGGCAGGUCUGCAUGAGAUGAGAUGAUCCUUAAAUGGCUCUAGACCAUUUUAGGAUUUAAAGAUAAAAACCAGCAUUUUGAACAGGGUGUAGAAACCAAGAAAGGGCUAGUGAAAGUGUAUUAGAUUGUAGUACAGUGGUACCUUGGUUUAAGAACAGCCCUGUUUAUGAACUCUGCAAAACCGGAAGUAGUGUCCCGGUUUGCAAACGUUACCUCAGUCUAAGAAUGGAAGCCAAAGGGUGGAAGGGCACCAGUGGUGGGAGACCUCAUUAGGUAAAGUGCACCUCGGUUUAAGAACGGACUUCCGGAACGGAUUAAGUUCAUAAACCGAGGUACCACUGUAAUAUGCUCCAUGCCAUGAAGCCUGCCUAAGAAAAUCCUUACUGUCCCAAUUCUGGACCAGUGCUAUAUCUUGACCAGUUAUUAACUUGUGUCUGCAAUACAGAUGAUAUUCAGAUCCGUUUUUAUGAAGAGGAUGAAAAUGGUGGUGUCUGGGAAGGGUUUGGAGAUUUUUCGCCUACUGAUGUGCACAGACAGGUAUGCCAACAUUGUCAAGAUGCAUUAGUAGUAACUUUUGUGAGCCUGUUUUGUGAUCAGAUAUGAUCAAUUUCACCAUUUUGUUGACUUGAGGUGGACUUGGCGAAAUGGCUAUCCUUAGGCAAGAAGUUUUUUCCCCCUCCCUCUCCCUUAUGCAGGGGUCAGCAAACUUUUUCAGCAGAGAGCCAGUCCACUGUCCCUCAGACCUUGUCGGGGGCCGGACUAGAUUUUGAAAAAAAAGUGAAGGAAUUCCUAUGCCCCACAAAUAACCCAGAGAUGCAUUUUAAAUAAAAGGACACAUUCUACUCAUGUAAAAACACGCUGAUUCCUGGACCAUCCGCAAGCCAGAUUUAGAAGGUGAUUGGGCCAGAUCCGGUCCCCGGGCCUUAGUUUGCCUACCCAUGCCCUUAUGUCUGUGAACAAUUUGGGAGCUACCAAACAGAGCUAUGGCCACAAUAGGAGUAAGGAGGAAGCCUCCAAUUGCUCCACAGAAAUAAUAGAUGCUGUGUACACAGACGUUGCUCUUGGAAAAAAGGCCAGAAUGACAAAUUGUAUAAACUGCCCCUGACCACCUAUUCAAUGUUCACUUACAGUUUGCCAUAGUAUUCAAAACCCCGAAGUACCGAGAUGUCAAUAUCACGAAACCUGCAUCUGUUUUUGUCCAGUUACGGCGAAAAUCGGAUCUAGAGACGAGUGAACCAAAGCCCUUUUUAUACUAUCCUGAAAUCAAAGGUAAAUGAUUAAGCUUAUAUGGAUUGUUGAUGUCAGAAAGCAUCCAGCUUCUUAGAAAGCUUGCCGUUAUUGAAAUUAUUGUACAGUGGUUACAUACACUUCAGGUUACAUACGCUUCAGGUUACAGACUCCGCUAACCCAGAAAUAGUACCUCAGGUUAAGAACUUUGCUUCAGGAUGAGAACAGAAAUCGUGCUCCAGUGGCGCGUCAGCAGCAGGAGGCCCCAUUAGCUAAAGUGGUGCUUCAGGUUAAGAACAGUUUCAGGUUAAGAACAGACCUCCAGAACAAAUUAAGUACUUAACCCGAGGUACCACUGUAUAUUUCAAAACAUGGUGUAGUGAUCAUCCUUAGGUAAUUACCUGUAGUGUUGUGGAUUCUAGAUGACAAUGUUGUCCAGAAAUAAUGGCUGAAUUCGGAUAACACUGCACAUAAUCAAUCCAACCAUCAGUUAGUAUGGUCUGACAUUAAUACUUUCAAGCCCAGUGACCCUCUGUAAUGAAAGGAAUAUUCCUGCAUUGUGACCAGUGGAUUCUGGAAAGCACAAUUUUUAUAAUGUGUCAGGGGUGGGUUGUGGGCAGCAGUCUGUGGUGAGAUGGAACCAGGUGCCAAUGGAUGAAGCUUAGUAGCCAGGGACAAAGUAUAAUUGACCAAAGACAAACCAGGAAGGAAGGGUCUUGUUACUCAGUCAAAGCUUAAUUGCAACAGGAAGCUGUCUCAUAGUACUUCCCGUCCAAGAUGAAACAAUGCUUACCCUGGGUAGGCCAGAUCAGCCUACAGCAGGAAUGGGGAACCAUUUUGAGCCUUAGGGUUGUAUUCCAUUCUGGGUAUCCUUCCAUUCACUGGCUACCAGUCAGUUAACAGGCACAAUUCACAAUUCAAAGAGCUGGUUAUGACCUGUAGAGUGCCCUAAAUGCUUAGGAUGAGAACAUCUGAAGAACCACCUUCUCCCGUAUGAAGCUCCAUGGAUGUUCUGAUCUGCUGGAGCUGCUCUUCUCAUUCCUAUGAGCUCUGACACAUAGGAUGGCUGAAAGCGCCUUUUUAGGGGCUGCAACCAACCUUUUAUGGGCAGCACUCCCCCAAAAGAUACAUUUAGGGUCCUCUUUGAUGGUCUUUCUACCAUAAAUUAAAAGGUUUUAUUCAGGCUUCAUUCAUGUAUUGCAAAGUUGAUGCUUUGCUUCUUUUUGUUUAAUUGUUUCAAUUGGCCGUGGUGAAAGGUUUUUUUAAAAUGUCUAAAAGGAGACUGGUUAUUUGCUCCAUAUAAUCUCAGAUUUUAAUUUAUGUAAGUUGUUUUUAGUGGUUAAUAUAAGCUACCUCGAGUAGCUUAUGGUAGAACAGCAUCUAUAAAUUGAUUAAAUACAUAGUUUUAAAUUAUACAUUUUAAUGUGUUUCUCAUGUCAUGCUAGUGGAUCCUUCAAGUUGUACUUAUGUGCUCCUAGUGCGUAAAUGACUAUAUUAGUCAAAUGUACCAUUAGAUUGGCAUUAGAAUUGCAUUUCCACCUAUAUGUGAUGCCAAAAGCAGAAAACUUCCAUCUGGCUUACUUUUAAAUGUGUGAAAGAAAGUAAAAGUAUUUCCAUGCCUAAAAGUUCAAUUAGAUCCUCUUCUUUCUAACACUGACAUGCCAGGUUGAUCUGAGGACAACACCUGUGUUUGAAAAUUGUCAAACAUGCUAUAAGCUUUAAAAGCCUUGAAAACUUUGGCACAUGAGAAGCAUUUCCAUGUAGAUGAGGCAGACAGAUGAGGGAAGAACAAAGUUCGUAGUUGAUGACGUUAUCAUAACUGGCAGGAAGUGAUGUGUUAUCAGGUAAUUUCCAGGUUUAAUUGAUGAACUCUGUGCACUUCUUUUUUUGGAGUUUGUGGUGCAUGCUUGAACUUUAAAGAAACUUUCAAAAACUCCCUUGACACCUCCAGAUCUAUCCUGGGACUACGUAAUUCUUUUCAGGGGAAAUGCCCAGAUGAUAAUGAUCUACUCUAAGGCAGGGCAUGUCUUUCCUUCAUCCCACUAUAAAUAUCCAUGCGGUAUUCAUUUAAUUUAACGGUUUCAUACUAUGCUAGUUGGAUGUUGUCCAAGGGCAGAAAUAAGUAUUCAUUUUGUGGGAUUAUUGCUUCUUAGUAUGUGAAUACAGUGGUGCCUCGCAAGACGAAAUUAAUCCGUUCCGCGAGAGUCUUCGUCUAGUGAUUUUUUCGUCUUGCGAAGCAACCCUAUUAGCGGCUUAACGGAUUAGCGCUAUUAGCGGUUUAGCGGCUAUUAAAGGCUUAAAGGCUUAGGGGAUUAGCUGCUAAAAGGCUAUUAAAGGCUAUUAAAGGCUUAGCAGAUUAGAUAAAGGGGGGGGAAAGCGAAAAAAAAAUCUCUAGACUCGCAAGACAUUUUCGUCUUGCGAAGCAAGCCCAUAGGGGAAUUCGUCCUGCGAAGCAACUCAAAAACGGAAAACCCUUUCGUCUAGCGGGUUUUCCGUCUUGCGAGGCAUUCGUCUUGCGGGGCACCACUGUAUAUACUUCAGCGCUUUGUGUAUUUGGAGUAUAUACAAAUACUUUGUGUAAACUCAGUAGUUGUGGUUUUGUGUGCAAGUCACUGAAAAUGCAUGGAGAUUCCUUUAAGGAAGUAGCACUUUGAGGAAAAGUAGCUGCAAGCAAAUAGUUAUCACUUCUGCUCUCAUACUUUUAGUACAGAAGGCUAGGAAUUUGCUGCAUACUGUUUGUGUAUCUGGCCCCAUACUGUUUGCUCUGACUGGCAGUGACGCUUCCCACUGCUACCUGAUCCUUGAUUAAGGAUGCCAGGAAUUGGAUCUGGGACAUUCUGCGGACAAAAGCAUGUGCUUUCCCAUGAACAUAUUGCCCCUUCCUAAGGGUAGGAUAAGAAAUAAAUAAUUGUAUAUGCAAUUUACAUUGCAAAAUGAGAGAAAUCCCAUUGAAAUGAGUGAAAGUUUUUCUCUGUGUGUAUUUUUUGCAAUGCAAAUUGUAGGCAUUUGGCGGAGGAGGUAGAGCAGACUGUGUCUGCAAUGUGGUUCAAAGAGUGAAAGUGCCUUCCCGUCUUCAGUGGUAGUGUCCUGAUCUGGAUCCCUCGCUAGCAAUUUGUAAGCAGGAAAACUGCAUUCCUUGGCAGAACUAUGCAGUUGAGAACACAUGUAGUUUGGCCCUUAGGUUAAGAUUAAUGAGUUGUAUGCAACAUAAUGGUAAGUAGCAGCACCUUGUGCUGUGGGGUUUUCCCCCUCCCUUCCCCAACCCUCUGGAGCAGAUUUGGGGAGGUGGAGCAAAUUAAAGUAGUUUUGCUCACACAUUUAUUUAGCUGAAUACCACCUAGUCAUAAUUGGUAAAAGCUGCAGGAGGAAUGGUACAAUAAAUUGGAUUAUAUAUCACGUUGUGUUUCAGCAUUUUACUUGCUUCUAGCUAAAAAAAACCACAGACCUAACGUGGAUUACCUAAUGCCUUUUAAUUAGCUGAGCAACUAUAUGCAUACAGGAUUAGCUUUUGGAUUUGUCUGAGGUUUGCCUUGGCUGCCAGUGUAGUUCCCUGACUUGAUUGCAUCCUGGUAUGCUCCCAGUUAGGUUAACUGGAGGUUCUGCAAGCAGGUGAAAGGCCCCUUGGGGGGCGGGACUUGUGCAUGCACAGUAGAACGUGGUACCUUCUCAUCAGCCCCAGUCAACAUGGUCAGUGGUCAGGGCAGAGGAGAGCUGCAGUACAGCUUGCUGUAGGGUUGCAGGUUCCUCAUCCCUGACUCAUGGAAGGUUUGCUGUCUCCCACCUAACCAAUACCUCCCAGUGCAUUCAGUGUUAUCCUUCCGACUAUGUCCCUGUCAGUACAGUGGUGCCUCGCAAGACGAAAAGAAUCCGUUCCGCGAGUCUCUUCGUCUUGCGGUUUUUUCGUCUUGCGAAGCAAGCCCAUUAGCGGAUUAGUGCUACAGUAUUAGCGGCUUAGCGGGCUUAGUGGAUCAGCUGAUAAGCGGCUUAACGAUAAGCUGAUAAGCGGCUUAACGAUCAGCUGAUAAGCGGCUUAGCAUCAGCUGUUAAGCGGCUUAGCCAUCAGCUGAUAAGCGGUUUAGCGGCUUGGGAAAAAGGGGGGGGAGGGAAAAAACCCCGCAGGAACUCGCAAGACAUUUUCGCCUUGCGAAGCAAGCACAUAGGAAAUUCCUUUUGCGAAGCACCUCCAAAACGGAAAACCCUUUCGUCUAGCGGGUUUUCCGUCUUGCGAGGCAUUCGUCUUGCGGGGCACCACUGUAUUGCUGUGCAGGUAUUUCGUACCUGGCUUUCUUGCCAUCCCCAUGCAUUGCUGCUUGUCAUUGAGCAGGGCAAGGCAGCAGAGCAGACAAUUGACUCCACUGCUGCUCCUACACCUUGCUGAGCUCUCCACUGCAAUGCCCAUAUUCCUCUCAGUAACCGGCAAUAGGAAGCAUCAUUGGGAAGCCAAGGGAGCAGAGGUGCACAGAACAGCCAGCUGGUACUGGUCCCCUGUGCAGCCUUCAUUUCAUAAUUAGGUUUUUCACACACUUUCAUCUAGCAAAUAAUCCCCUCUGUUUUUCUUUAAGAAAUUGAACGUUUUAAACUGUGGGCACCCAAUGCCAAAUGCAGUAAAUGAAAAUGAAUUUUGUAGAUUUCAAGAAAACUUAACUUCACUUGCAUAUUACUGGGUCCCCACCGCGGGAUCACAUUCACCCGGUGCUAUAGCAGCUGCACUGGCUCCCGGUGAAGUACAGGAUCAAGUUAAAGGUGCUGGUUUUAAUCUUUAAAGCCCUAUAUGGCCUAGGACCCUAGUACCUAAAGGUCCACCUCUUCUGGUGUGCCCCAUGAAGGACCUUAUGGUCUGCUAACAACACCACCUUGAAGAUCCCGGGCCCCAGGGAAAUUAGACUGGCCUUGACUAGAGCCAGGGCCUUUUCGGCCGUGGCCCCAGCCGGCUGGAACGCUCUCCCGUAAGAGACCAGGGCCCUGUGGGAUUUGACAUCUUUCUGCAGGGCCUGCAAGAUGGAGCUGUUCCACCAGGCCUUUGGGCAGGAUGCAGUUUGACUUACUUUCCUUUGUAUAAAACAAGCUCCCAAACUGCUCACAGGUCCUUGUAUGAUCAGUGGAAACAGUUGGUCCUGGCAAGUAUUAACCACUCUCAAUUCCAACCUGAUAAUUGCCACCUGCCCAGAUUUAACUUGUCUGAAUUAAUUUUAAGAUGUAGUUUAAUUAAUUGAUGUCUGUUUUUAUGCAUAUUGUGUUGUUUUUAUGAUGUUAGCCGCUCUGAGCCUGGCCUCGGCCGGGGAGGGCGGGAUACAAAUAAAUUAUUAUUAUUAUUAUUAUUAUUAUUAUUAUUAUUAUUAUUAUUAAUUAGGGUUUCUGGUUUGGGCUGUAGUCAUCUCAAAGCUUGUGUGUGUGCAUGUGCAUGCAUGCAUUUUCACAGUAGAGCUUCUCUGCCAUGGUUCUUUCCCCUGACUUACGCAUUCAAUCCUUUAUUGGUGGCUGUAAGAAGGCGCCAGUCAUAGGCAAAGGAAGAGGUGCCAUUUCAAACCAAAUUAUUUUCCUCAAAUGGUUAUUGUUCACUUGGUAUCAAGCCACUGUUCCAUCUGUAUUACAGCAAGGAUGAGGAAUCUGUGGCCUUUCAGAUGAUGCCGGACUAUAAAUCCCAUUUUCCCCAACCAAUGGCCAUACUCACUGGAGCUGAUGGGACUUGUAGUCCAACAUUAUCUGGAAAUCUGCAGGUCCUCCACACCUGUAUUAUAGGCUGUGUCUGAGUUAGGGAUAGGGGAGAACUUGGAUUCAGUCUGCAUUUAAAGAUACCCGAUUCACACUUUCUGAAACAAGACGCAAACUGAAAGACAACCAUCUUUUGAAAUUCACACUUCCCCGAAUCCUGGAACUCCACUCAGUAGUUUGCAGUAGGAGAUUUUGUUCCUCAUUUGUUAACCUGUUAGGAGCCUAUUGCCUUGAAAACAAAAGCGGACACACCUUAAUUUGUUUGGUUAAAUCUCUCUUGCUUAAAAAAAAUGCAGAUAAAGAAGAAGUCCAAAGAAAACGACAGAAGCUCAUGCCUAACUUCUCAGAUGGUUAUGGCGGAAGUGGUGCAGGUGCAGGAGGUGGUGGAAUGUAUGGAGGAGGAGGAGGAGGUGUUGGAGGCGGUGCCGGAUCAGGUAAAAACAAAUGACAACUGAAGUGACCAAUGAGAUGCACAUUUUUGAGAGGUUCUCCUUGACUAGUGAAAUGCCCAUCAUUAUGAGUUUUAUAGGGACACGGGUGGUGCUGUGGGUUAAACCACAGAGCCUUGGGCUUGCUGAUCAGAAGGGCGGUGGCUUGAAUCCCCGCAACAGGGUGAGCUCCCGUUGCUCAGUCCCUUCUCCUGCCAACCUAGCUGUUCGAAAGCAUUCAGUGCAAGUAGAUAAAUAGGUACCGCUCCAGUGGGAAAGUAAAUGGCGUUUCUGUGCGCUGCUCUGGUUCGCCAGAAGCGGCUUAGUCAUGCUGGCCACAUGACCCGGAAGCUGUACAUCGGCUCCCUUAGGCAGUAAAGUGAGAUGAGCACCACAACCCCAGAAUCGUCUGCGACUGGACCUAAUGGUCAGGGGUCCUUUUACCUUUACGAGUUGUAUAAGGCAGGUGACUUUAUAUGCUGCAAGGAUUCUUGGUGGGUGCUAUGUAUCUCCUGUGUUUCUGCAUACAGAAAACUCUCUCUCCCUUAUGUUCCUUGAUCCCUGUAUGAUCCUUUUCUAAUCCAGGCCAAUAUCGGGAUUAGGAGAAGGGAAAAAAAGCUCCUGCUCUCAUCACCAGUUUCCCCAAGUGCCAAGCUUUCUCCUUGUAGAGGAUGGCUAAGCCCUAAAUUGGCUGUGAUCCACAGGAUAAAUCCAUGCUUGAUACUGGGGGUUCCUGUAUUGUCUGCUGCUCCCAGAUACAGUGGGGUGGAUUCUUUAAUAUCUUUUGAUGGAAGUAUAUUCCUGACGUAUGACCAUUUCCUAAGAUUGACUCCCAUUCUUAAAGUUGCAUAACAUGUGUUAGCUGCCUUGAGAAAAGAGUUGAGAAAAAUUUAAUGGAGCUGCUCAGUUUGUUUGUUAUUUUAAAAAAAGACUGUUAUUUAUAUCCUACUGUUUCAUCCAUGGAAUGGAAAGAGAAGCAUGUAAGAAGACUUUCUAAGCUGCCUAUUUAAAACUGGGCAUUUUAUUGGUUGUUGGCUAGUGAAUACUUUUUGUGUAUUUAUCUGGGAAGCUUCAAUUAAUGUCUGAUCUGUGUGUGUGUGUGUGUGUGUGUGUGUGUGUUACUGUUUUUAGGGUAUGGAUACCCAUCCUAUGGGUUUUCUGGUUACGGGCAUUCAAUGCACUUCCAUUCCAGCACAAACAAGACUGGUACAGGAAUGAAGCAUGGUAAGCAUCAAAUAGUGUGGGGGUUUUUUAUUUUAAAAAUAUGUUGAAUUUAAUUAAUUUAAUUUAAUGCAUGCUUUAAUAUCAACAAAAUAAGUAUCACUGCUAUGUAGUAUUUAAGCAACAUGAACUGGAUUUCUCAUAUGAUGAUUGGUUUUAUAUAUUUUAUUACUACUACUACUACUACUACUACUACUAUUUAGUUGCAUCCAUCUACAUUGUCCUUUAGAAAUAACUGGUUUGAUAGGUCUCUACCACAAGUGGCUUCAAAUCUAAAAAUAUAGACAAGGGAAACCAAGAAGGGGUGGAAUGGAGACAGAAGAGACGGGAAGAGUGUGCAAAGAUUGUAACUACAUGUGUUAGACUUCAUUACCUGAGAGUAUUAGGGUGGGUGGACACAAAGUGUUUCACAGAUUAAUAAAUUCCCAUUGUGUGAAUUUCCAAGAGUUGGGAAAUAUUAUCAGAUGCCUUUUGCUUGUACAUGAGUUUUCUCCCAAUUUUUUUUUUUUAAAUAUUUAUUAAAGUUUUAGAAAAAGAAAAAAAGUUACAGAGUAAAAAAGAGGAAAAAGGAAAAAUACAAAGAGUACAAAAAUACAUAGGGAAAAAAAUAUGGAAAAUACAGAAAAAAUAAAUAGAAAAUAGUUAAAAACAAAUCAAUCUUUUCAUAUCUUAGAUUUCAUUUACUUAUUUCCCCGACCUCCUCACACCUCCCUUUUUUGUAUUCCCGUUCACAUGGUUAAUUCAGCAAAUCCUUACCCUCUUUAUUUUUAUCUUAAUUCUAUAUCUCAACAUAUUAUAACUUUGUAUUUUCAUCCGUUAUCAAUCCAUUUUUACAUAUUCUUAUUAACCUUGUUGCUAAGGCCGCUUGAUUUCAAUCCGACAUCAUUUUAACAUUCAUUAAUUUUACAAUGUUUCUGCAAAUAGUCUUUAAAUUUCUUCCAAUCUUCUUCCACCGACUCUUCUCCCUGGUCUCGGAUUCUGCCAGUCAUUUCCGCCAGUUCCAUAUAGUCUAUCACUUUCAUCUGCCAUUCUUCCAGGGUGGGUAAAUCUUGUGUCUUCCAAUACUUUGCGAUGAGUGUUCUUGCUGCUGUUGUAGUGUACAUAAAGAAAGUUCUAUCCUUCUUUGGCACCAAUUGGCCGACCAUGCCCAGGAGAAAGGCCUCUGGUUUCUUCAGGAAGGUAUAUUUAAAUACCUUUUUCAUUUCAUUAUAGAUCAUCUCCCAGAAAGCCUUAAUCCUUGGGCACGUCCACCAAAGGUGAAAGAAUGUACCUUCAUUCUCUUUACAUUUCCAACAUUUAUUAUCAGACAAAUGAUAAAUUUUUGCAAGCUUGACUGGUGUCAUGUACCACCUGUAUAUCGUUUUCAUAAUAUUCUCUCUUAAGGCAUUACAUGCCGUGAAUUUCAUACCUGUGGUCCACAACUGUUCCCAGUCAGCAAACAUUAUGUCAUGUCCAACAUCUUGUGCCCAUUUAAUCAUAGCAGAUUUAACCGUUUCAUCCUGCGUAUUCCAUUUCAACAGCAAGUUAUACAUUCUUGAUAGUAUCUUAGUUUUGGGGUCUAACAGUUCUGUUUCCAAUUUUGAUUUUUCCACCUGGAAGCCAAUUUUUUUAUCCAUAUUGUAAGCCUCCCUUAUUUGAUAAUAAUGAAGCCAGUCUCGCACUUUAUCUUUUAAUUUCUCAAAACUCUGCAAUUUCAAUUUGUCACCUUCUUGUUCCAAAAUCUCCCAAUAUUUCGGCCAUUUGGCCUCCAUAUUGAGUUUUUUCUGAGCCUUCGCUUCCAUCGGUGAUAACCACCUUGGGGUUUUAUUUUCAAAUAAAUCUUUGUAUCUUAUCCAGACAUUAAACAAUGCUUUCCUGACAAUAUGGUUUUUAAAUGCUUUAUGUGCUUUGACCUUGUCAUACCACAAAUAUGCAUGCCACCCAAAAACAUUGUUAAAACCUUCCAAAUCCAAAAUGUCUGUGUUCUCAAGAAGCAGCCAUUCUUUCAGCCAGCAAAAUGCUGCUGAUUCAUAAUAGAGUUUAAGAUCUGGCAGGGCAAAUCCACCUCUUUUCUUUACAUCAGUUAAUAUUUUAAAUUUUAUUCUGGGCUUCUUGCCCUGCCAGAUAAAUCUAGAAAUAUCUCUCUGCCACUUCUUGAAACAAUCCAUUUUGUCCAAAAUUUGCAACAAUUGGAACAAAAAUAACAUUCUUGGCAAUACAUUCAUCUUUAUAACAGCAAUUCGACCAAGCAAGGAAAGCUUCAGGUUUGACCAUAUUUCUAGAUCCUUUUUCACUUCUGACCAACAUUUCUCAUAGUUGUCUUUAAAUAAAUUUAAGUUCUUUGCGGUCAUGUUCACCCCCAGGUAUUUAACUUUCUUGACCAAUAUUAACCCUGUCUCCUUCUGAAACCUCUCUUUCUCAAUCGGUGUUAAAUUUUUCUCAAGAACCUUAGUUUUUAACUUAUUCAACUUAAAUCCUGCCACUUGACCAAAUUCUUGAAUCAGAUCCAAUACUCUUUUAGUACUAGAUUCUGGCUCCUGUAGUGUCAAUACUAGGUCAUCUGCAAAAGCUUUCAAUUUGUACUGUUUGGCUCCGACCUGUAUACCUUUAAUCAGAUGGUCCCUUCUAAUCAUAUUUAGCAAAACCUCCAGAACCGAAAUAAAGAGCAAUGGGGAAAUUGGGCAGCCUUGUCGUGUCCCUUUCUCUAUCUUAAAUUCCUCUGUCACCACAUUAUUAACUAUUAGUUUAGCCUUUUGUUCUGAGUAAAUUGCACCUAUACCAUUUUCAAACCCUUGACCAUCCCCUGAAGAUUUUUCUUCAUGAAACUCCAAGAAAUAUUAUCAAAGGCUUUCUCCACAUCUACAAAGAUUAAGACUGUUUUAGUGUUAAUGUUCACUUGCAACUUCUCCAAAAUGUUAAUUAUAUUCCUCAUGUUGUCAGACAAGUGUCUACCCGGGAGAAAGCCAGCUUGGUCUUUAGAGUUUUCUCCCAAUUUUAAGCCUGGACAGGUUGAAGCUGUUUGCAAAUACAUACUCUGAUACUGAAUUCUGUUGUUUUAUUGUUAAUAAUAAUAAGUUUUUUUUGUUUUAAUUUUGUUUUGCUUUACUUAAUUGGUAUGGGAGGGGUAAGCUAAUACUGAUUACUUCUCUUUUAAGGACUGUCAAAUGGCAUGCCAAAAAAUGAUGGUGAAAUCUGCUGCAACAAAAAACGCAGUGUGAAAUUCAAGGAGAAAGUAGAGGGUGAUGAGAAAAGCAAAACCAGAACUAGCACAACUCCCAAAGAAGUUGAAGAAGAUGCCUUACCAUGUUAUGAUGCAGACAUUUGUUUACAAGGUAACUGGCUUGAUUUUGUACUAAGCUAGGAAGGAGAAAUUUGGGUCAGGCUUGAACUCUUAUGUACUUUGAAAGUGGCCAUGUUUGAUCUGUUUUGGAACUAGAGGGAGAGUAGAGCUACUUCUGAAGCUCCCCAUCAUUCUUCUCUUGCUCAGAUUAAAAUCUGAGCUGAAGGAGGAUUCCUAGCAGGGAGGGAAUCCUGGAAUCAUGUAGUUCAUGCGAUAGCUGUAAGGCUCUCUUGGAAUUGAAUUGCUUGGAAUUGAAACUUUUUUGUUCUCUAGCAGCAAAGUUCUGAUCAGUGGUUGUGACUGAACUGCGCCUGAUUGGUGCCCUGAUACAUUUUGUGUGUUUUCACCCCCCAAUAGAUGGUUUGUUUUUGGAGAAGGCCAUGGAGUUAGCUAAGCGUCAUGCAAAUGCCCUUUUUGACUAUGCAGUAACUGGAGAUGUGAAGAUACUACUGGCUGUUCAGCGCCACCUUACAGCUGCCCAGGAUGAAAAUGGUGACAAGUAAGUCUGGGACACCAAAGCCCUCUUUAACAUGAUGGAGGACAAUUUUGCAUCUGAUAAGAAAUUCCCUUCAAGUUCCUGAAAGUUUUCUAGGGGGAGGGAAAAUCCUCUCUUUAGUCUACAGUUCUGUGCAUGCUUAGCUUAGAGUAAAUCCUACUGAAUUCAGUGAGAUUUCCAAGUAAACAUGUGCACUGUUGUUUUUAACCAUUCUUCCUGUGUGAUAGAUGUCAUAUUCUACUCAUGAGAUGAUGCAAGAAUGGAAAGUAGAAGUUCCAAAAUGAGGAUGCAUUCCAGUGAUUCAUUGUAGGUGUUUCUCAUUUAGAAACAGAAGCAAAAUGAUUUGACUCCCUUUUGACUUCUGGAGCAGAUAAAAUCCAUCCUGGCCCUUUUCCAGCAUUCCUCAAGAAUUCAGGCUCUUGGAGUUCCUUCCCUUACGAUUGAUUCCAGCCGACUUCUCUUGCAGAAUAUCUGUUUGGAGAAGGGGCGAGGAAUACAAAGAGAAGGUGGGACUCUCACAAAAACAGCUGUGCAAGGGAGUGUUGAGACUUGCUUUUACUAUCACCAUCCUUUGAAAAUUCGGGAGGUUCACUCUUCAGGAGGCCUGCCAAGUCCUGUGAUGAAUAGCUCCAACUUCCCAGGCUACUCCAUUAAAGUCAUAUCAGGAUGUGGUCUCAGAAGUAGGAUGACUUGCCACAGGGAUCCUUGUCUGAACCUCUAGAGCAGGAAUGGGGGCCAAAUUUGUGGGCCAAAUGCAAUCUUCCAGGCCUCUUUACCUGGCCUCCAGGCCACACUCUUCCUGAGCUUACACCCUGUACCAGCCCUGCUUCACACUGACCUCUGGAAUGAGUUGGGUGCUCUUACUUGACUUCAUGUAGGCUAGAAAGGGGUGCAUGUGUAUAGGAAGUAGCCUACUGUACAAAGAUAAAAUCCACAUUUAUUGCGCUGCAAACUUUGACCUCUGGCCCUGGCCGCCAAUGACAUUUGCCUCCCUAGAGUUAAACAGGUCCCUCACCCCUUCUAAUGUAUCCCCACUACCCCACCCUCCCCUGUCAUAAUUUAUUCCUUGUACCAGCCUUCUACAAUUAUGCUUGCCAUGGCAAGCAUGACAACACCAUCCAGUGAGUGUGAUGGGCAGCAAACCUUCCUUGCAAUUUUUUGAAGCUGCAGGAUCUUCACAUCAGCUUCCUACCAUUCCCCACCCCAUUCUUAGCUUCAAGGUUGGCCUGACCCUUGGCCAAGCUUCUUGACUUCUGCUCAAUGGCCAUUCUCUUAAGAACUGCUGCCAUGUAUCUGCUAAAGCCUGCACAGUCCCUGCUGAUCUAUUUCCUGUGGGAAAGAGAAGCGGGGCAGAUUCUCCUUUAGCUGCUGCUCCACAGAGGGACCAGUAGUUCCAUGACUGUGCAAUGGCUGAUGCCUGCACAUUCCCCACCUCUUUUCUGUGGGAAGGAGAAGGGGGCAGACUUCUUCAGAAGGCAAACUGGAUAGCUCAGUUGGUUAGAGCGUGGUGCUAAUAAUGCCAAGGUUGCAGGUUCAGUCUCCAGACAGCUGCAUAUUCCUGCAUUGCACGCGGUUGGACUAGAUGACUAGAUGAGUUGCUUCCAUCUCUACAAUUUUAUGAACUCUGAGCCCCUUUCCUGAGCAGCGUCUGAAUUUCUCCACUUGGCUUUGCAAGGACUUCCUUUGCUGUUUGUGGGAAGCACUUGCACCCACCAAGAAGAAACUGGCUGUCACAGUUUUUUGCUUGGAUAGCAAAGGGCAGCCCCAAAUUGCAUGUCCCUGUUGUUUACUCCAUGCUUUGGUCCACCUGAUUGCAAUGCUCUGGGGAGGCAGUUCCCUCCCCUAAGAUCCAAUGAGAUGUAUUCCAGAGGAAGCCAAAGUGCUUAGGUGCAGGGUUUAAUUAUCUGUUGCAGAGGUUUUCAAACUCCCUUUUUCCAUGGAUUGCUUUCCACACUGAUUCAUCUGCUGAGGGACCCCUGUGUGUAGGUAGAGGAUGCUGCAGACUGAUGAGUGUGCUAGGAUGCACACUUAGUUCAUGUAGGUUGGGCCUCACUGUUUUACCCCAUUUGAACUGAGAGUGCACUCGAGAAUAUGCUGACCACUUCUGUGUGGCAAGGGGAUCGUGGCAAGCUUGCUGCCUUUCAUGCUGUCUGCCAUAACUGUGUUCGUUGAGGAAACCCUUGAUACACUUCCAAGGAACCUAUGGGCUCCCGAGUACAUAGUUUCAGAAAAUCGGUGGUCUAAACUAGAAUUUCACAAUAACUCUCCAGUGGGGCCCAUAGCUCAUGAUGUGCAUGUAAAAGUCCAGCUCCUGGAAUGCCCAGAUAGAGGAGAUCCUUUUUCUGAGAGACAGCUACUGCUACUUAGAGUAGACAGUAGAGAAGGCAAGCAAGACGUCUCUGACCAGCCCACUUCAAGCUUUGAUUCAGAAUCUUGCACAAUCCUGUGUUGGCUGCUACCCUGGGUUUCUGCUCAAGCCUUAUCCCACUGACUUCCCUGGGUCCAUCCCUGUAAUAUCCAUCCAACAAACUGCCAGUGAAUCUCACCACUUGCAGCGUGGGUUUCUUCCCUGAACACACUCUGGGACAAGGACGGGAUGGGAAAUUCCCUUCUCUGAGGAAGUAUUAGUAUUAGUCAGCACAUCUCCGCCUAGAGGGAUAUGUUGCAAUACAACUGUGGCUCUGUAGAGCAAGGAGGAAAGCAUUUGGUAAUAGGUUUCAGCAUAUCUAUUCUCCAAAUUAAAAUCUAGCACAUUGUCCAAGCUCAACCUCUAUGUUCCAAGGUUGUAUUAAAUUUUCAGGGAAGCUGUGUUACAUUCCUGAAAUUUCCUUUCACCCUGAAGACUCAACAAAGUAUAAACCUACCUAAGCAUUUUCCAGAGGCAGUGCAGGACAUUUUUAAAAGUUGUCUUGUGUUUUGUGUGUGUGUGUGCUUAAGUUAUUACAAGUAUUUAAAUCAAUUUACAAGUCAUACAAUACUGUUGCUGACAAAAUUGAAUUUAUCACAGCGGUGAUCUAAAAAUAUCAAAUAACUAAAACUUACAAAUGGUAUCGAACUCUAUGCUAUUCAGUACUGAUUUGGAAAUAAAGAAAGCAUGCAGGAUACAGAUGUAGACAUGGGCUUACAAUGAAAAGCAAUGUAAAAUAAAUGCUGCUGUAUUUCAUAGUGGGGGCCUUGAUUUCUAAGCUCCUAACGUAAUUGCUGACCAAAUUAAGGCAGCAUUCUGCUGGCCAGUCUUUAUGAUGCUCACUGGUGUCCCAAUUGGCUGUAAAAUAGCCUGUUACAGGAAAAGGGUUUUUGCAAUUUAUAAUGCAACUUAUAUUAGCUGAAUGACUUCCACCUAAAAAAAUAAGUAAAUUGCUUUAAGGUGCCAGAUCAUUUCUAGCCGUUUCUGAGCAAUUGCAGUGCCAAUAGAAGACGGGUUCAGCUCUGCCAGCUGUAAUAUAAGCUGACCCACCCCAAUAAUUUUAGCAGCAUGAGUCCUAGUCACAUUGUGGGGAUGAAAUAGGAAGUUCUUUCAAGGUAGAUUUCUCUUAUUGCUGUUCAUUCUGCUCAUGCAAUGCAGAACGAAAUGCAAAAGCUCCAAAUUAAUUCUGUCCACGCAGGCCAAAUUCAUACAUUAUCCAUAAAUGCCAGUUGAGCUGUUACAGUUCAGCUAAUUUCAGCGCUACUUGGGUACCUUUCUAAUAGAAGAGAUUGUGUGAGUUGGGCCAUCCAGCCUCCAUGGCUAUUGCCCGUUGUGAACAAAUGGAACUUUCAUGUUCAAAGGAAGCUUAGCUGAGUAUGAGAUUGCCAAACGGCAAACAACAUGGAAUUGUUACCAUCUUCAUCCCCUGCUUGAAAACUGCCAGGUAUCUGCCCGGCUGCUAUUGGGGACAGAAUGCUAGUGCAGUCAUAUCUGACUCUGAUCCAACAAGACAGCUUUUUACAAUUCAAUUAUUUAUUUAAUUGCGGCAUUUGCAUUCGAGUUCUCUGGGUGGCGUGCUUCAAAUUGCUAACAUUCUGUGUAUAAAUACACACACACAGAAGCGUGCACGCACACAGCACAGAUUAAGUGAUAAAAUUAAACAAAAUACAAGUUUAAAUCCUUUUAAAAAGCCAAAACUCGGCAGUCCAAUUAAAAAGCCCUUAUGGGGCCCCUAAAAAGCCACAAAGAAUGGGUCAAAAAGACUUUGCCCGAAACUGAUAAGAAUGCAAAGGAGGUGCCAGGUGAGUGUGUCUGAGGAAGGCAUCUCACAACUAUCACAUCAAAAGGCUUCUCCUGUAGCCGCCUGCCAGGUUUCGCUGGCAGGUGAGUCAUUGUAAAAUGGAAAGGCACCGAUCCUGCCCUCCAUAAAUAUGGGAAAGGGAAACAAACCAUUUACAGUUGUUUCAUCUUGAAAACUCAUGGUUUUGAUUUGAUUCCUGCUUCAUGGGGACAGAUUUUACCUCUUGAUGCUGACUGCCUAAAGAAAAAGAAGUUUUAAAAGUAUUUAGCAUCAAGGGUGGUCUGCGAUAGGUUUCACAAAGGAGGUGGUCAGCUUCAAACUAAAUCUUAAAAUCAGAAACAUCAAGGGGUCAAAUUGUUGGGUGUUUCCAUAGUUUUUUUUAACCACUUUUUUUGCAUCCUGAAAUAAUGGAUAUAUUGUGCAGUCAGAUUGUGGUCACAAUACUGAAAACCAGAGAAGCUGGAUUUUGUAAUGAUUCAAUUUACAUACCAAGUGUGCACAGAGUGGGGGGUGCCCCCUUUUACAUAUCACAUUUUCCCACUGAAUCUUGUGGUUUUGAAUCACAUUCGGUAUAAAAAUGGAGAAAGCUUCAUGUUAAGCCCAAAAUUAGUGAAUUCCUUGGGGAAAAAACAAUUCCUCUGGUACUGUUUAGGAACAGCCAUGAGACUUAUUAAACAUGUUUCACUCUAAAACCAUGAUGCAUUGAACACUUUGCAAACCAAAAUUGUUUAUUAUUAAAACUCUCUUUUAUUAUUAUUAAAACUCUCAGUUUACAAGGCUUACAGUGGUUUUUGAUAUACAGUGGUACCUCGGGUUACAGACACUUCAGGUUACAGACACUUCAGGUUAUAGACUCCGCUAACCCAGAAAUAGUAGCUCAGGUUAAGUACUUUGCUUCAGGAUGAGAACAGAAAUCGCGCAGUGGCGCCACUGCAGCAGCGGGAGACCCCAUUAGCUAAAGUGGUGCUUCAGAUUAAGAACAGCUAAAGGUUAAGUACGGACUUCCAGAACGAAUUAAGUUCUUAACCGAAGGUACAACUGUACACACAUACACAUUCAUUUCACAGAGUUUCGAUAACAUGCACAAAUGUUAGCCACAUGUCCAGUAAUGAAAUAGAUUUGAAACAGAAUUGGUGAGAGCAUAUAGCCCUCCAGCUUGUUGGUGGACUCCAGUUCCCAUCAUCCCUGAUCCAUUGGCCUUGCUGGCUGAGGCUGAUGGAAAAUGGAGUGAAGCAGCACCAAUACCGUUCCCCAUGCAUGCCAUAAAUACCUCUUUCCCUAUCUGUUUUACAUUGUGUAGCUUAAUAUGUGUAUUUCUUUCCCCAUCCCCCUUUGUUCAAUAUCAGCGUACUUCACUUAGCAAUUAUUCAUCUUCAUAAGGAGCUGGUGAGGAACCUCUUAGAAGUGGUAGCGGAUUUGAAUGCUGAUGAUGUCCUCAAUGUGAGAAAUGACCUUUAUCAGGUAUGGAAACCAUGGGGAGGACGAUCCUCUGCUUUAGCAUCUUUUGCUUUUACUUAUGACUCUUCAAGAACCACGCAAUGUAUUGCAAAAUUCAGAGAACGGCAAAUUUCAAUGGAUGCACAUGAACCUUGUUUUGGAAAGAGCGAAUUAGGUCGAUUCGCCUUUAAACACAUACUGAAUUCAGUUUCUCCUCCAUCCCUACCUGUGGAAUGCUUUGACAGACACUGCAGGGAGGCAAUGCCAUGUCAAAUGACAUGGGUGCCAAAAAGUCUAAUGAAAGAUGCCUCACUAUUUAAUCUCUCUGACUGCUCAACUCAUGUGAACCAACCCAAGUUACCUUUUGUACUCAUUGUAAAACAGGGAUGAGGAAAAUGUGUAUUUUUGCCCCACCCAACGUGGGUGAUGAUCGGGGAUUAUCCUUGUUUUAAGGAAGACAAGGGCGUAUUGAACAUUGAUCAGGUUAAUCUAGGGAAAUCCUCUUUUUUCCUAUUUGUAUUGCAUUUGUUUGUUACAUUUAAACUCAGCCUUUCUAUAAAAAGAUGCCCAGGGUGGCUUACAAAGUCCAACAAAUAACACUACAAUAAAUAGCAAAAGGAAAGUGUGUAAGAAUCGAGUUAGAGCAAAAAAAAAAUUAAUUAAAAUUAUCAACUAGUUGGGUGGCACUCAGCUAAGUUCUACUCAGAGUAUACCCACUGAAAUUAAUGUUCAUGAGUACGUUAGGUUCAUUAAUUGCAAUAGAUCUGCUGAGUAAAACUUCCCUGAAUACCAGCCAAUGAAAGUAAAAAAUGCAGAUUAGAAUGCACAGCACAUUGUUUUGUGGACGUUUUGCUUGGUACUGGGAUUUUUCUUUUUCUUUUUUAACAGAUUCAGUUGCACAAAUGGUGUUUAUGAUUAUCACUGCAUUUGGGUGAUUCCUAUUUUCUUUUCUUUUUGCAGACUCCCUUGCACUUGGCUGUUAUCACAAAGCAGGCAGGAGUGGUGAAGGACUUGCUUAGAGCUGGGGCAGAUGUGAGCCUCUUGGACCGCUAUGGCAAUUCGGUCUUGCAUCUAGCAGCGAAGCAAGGAGACGAGAAGGUGUUGAGUAUGCUGCUUAGCCACAAAGAGACCUCUCUGAUGAGAGAUCUUCCUAAUGGGGAAGGUAGGCAAAUGACACAGAGCAAUUUUGGCUAUACGUCUCUCAAACUCUGUAGAAUCAUGCAGAACAUAGCAUUUUAUCAGUCACUUCUUCAGGACAGAUGUCUGAUUCAAUCCCAGUGUUGUCAAUCGACAGAUGGGCUGUUGCAUCAAAACACAUGCAGAUUUCUUCCAGAUGCAUGUUUUAUAUACUGUGUCAUCAGCGUACAUGGUGAUUUUCCGAGUUUUGUACAUAAACAGCAGCAGCAAACCAAAACUAUAACAGGAAGUCAGGCUUCUGCCCUAAAGCAGCUUGCAACCUAAAGUCAACAGUGGAGAAGAGUAACUGCAGGAAGGGAGUGGCAGAAUCUUUGUGUCAAUCUCCCACACAAAUAACCAGGCAGAAGCUGCAGAAAGCCACGUAACACUGCCUCUCAACUUAUCUCCCCUGCCCCUAUUACUUUUUGAAAGAGAAAGCAUAAGGGUUUUUUCAUUUUAAAAAUGUUGCAUUCAUAGUCCUUGUUUCCAAAAAAAUGUUUAUUUAUUAAACUUAGAAUUGUAUAGUUGGAAGGGACCCCAAGGGACUAGUCCAGCCCCCAGCAAUGCAGGAAUCUCAGCUAAAGCAUCAAUGACAGAUGGCCAUCCAACCUCUGCUUUAAAACCUCCAAGGAAGGAGAGACCACAACAUCCCGAGGGAGUCUGCUCCACUGUCGAACAGCUGUCAGAAAGUUUUUCCUGAUGUUUAGAUGGAACCUCCUUUCUUGUAACUUGAAGUCAUUGAUUCGAGUCCUACCCACCAGAGAAAGAGAGAAGAAGCUUGUUCUUUCUUCCAUGUGACAACUCUUGAGAUAUUUGAAGAUGGCUAUCAUAUCUCCUCUCAGUCUCCUCUUUUCCAGGCUGAACAUACCCAACUCCCUCAACUGUUCCUCAUAAGGCUUGGUUUCCAGACCCUUGAUCAUUGGUUGCCCUAGUCGCUUGUCACUCAAAGGUCUCCAAGCGACUGGGAGAAAAAUAUGCAAUAUUUAAUACCGUAGGGGGAAAGCGGAGGGGGUGGAAUUCUAUAAUAUGUUAAUGUUUCAUAUAACAUCCAUGGGGGGCAAACCAAGCUGUAUAAAUAAUAACGAACAACAUUAACAAUACUCAAAUGAUAAAGAAAGCAAUACUCUGACCCACUAAUUUAGCAAAUAAACAAAACCUCCGCUCCCCCCUAGUCCAUAAAACAUGCCCAAAGCAGUUAAAUCUGCAAUAGAAAGCACAAAAUAAGCAACAGAACCAUAUAAAAAUUAACUAAGAUCCAUAAAAAGUAAAAAUACAAGGCAGUUUGAAACAUAAUUUAUAUUAAAUGUGCAGAUUGCAACACAGAGCACCAGAGAAAUAUGGUUCAAAAAGGUUUGCCUCUCCACCCCACCAAGUACCAUGCUGCCUGAUAUUGGGAGGGUGCUAUUUGAGUCACUGUUACCUACCAAUCCUAUUUACAGGUGUCAUGGCGUUUCAGCUGAAACUUCAGUGUUUUUCAGUUUCUCACUAAGAAUGUUCUUUUAAUGGGUGUUUGGGGACAUGGAAGCACUUGCAAACGGAGCUUAGCUCCAGCCACUUCCCCCAAUGACACAUGUAGUUAUUAAAACUUAAUACCUACCUACAUGAGGGACGCGGGUGGCGCUGUGGGUUAAACCACAGAGCCUAGGACUUGCCGAUCAGAAGGUCGGUGAUUCAAAUCCCCAUGACGGGGUGAGCUCCCAUUGCUCGGUCCCUGCUCCUGCCAACCUAGCAGUUCGAAAGCACGUCAAAGUGCAAGUAGAUAAAUAGGUACCGCUCCAGCAGGAAGGUAAACGGCGUUUCCAUGCGCUGCUCUAGUUUGCCAGAAGUGGCUUCAUCAUGCUGGCCACCUGACCCGGAAGCUGUACACCGGCUCCCUCGACCAGUAAAGCGAGAUGAGCGCUGCAACCCCAGAGUCGGCCAUGACUGGACCUAAUGGUCAGGGGUCCCUUUACCUUAACCUUACCUACCUACAUGCUAAUAAACUUAAACAUGGAGGAGGGGGCUAUCGAGGUGCUACUAGCCAUGAUGGCUAUGCUCAGCCUCCACAGCAACACCAGUUGCUGGAAAUCACAGGAGGGGAGAAUGCAAGAGUUCAAAUCCUGCUCUCGGGUUUCUUACAGGCAUCUGUCUGGCCACUGUGAGAAUAGGAGGCUGGACUAGAUGGACCAUUGACCAUGGAUCACCAGUAGGCUCUUCUUAGGUUCUUAAUAUUCACUUAUUUUUGCUGUCACUGUACAAAACAAGUUUUAAAAGAAAAUGAAACCAGCUGCUAUGGUAAUCUCUCUUCCCCCUACUUUUCUGACAUGCAUCCCAAAACUGUAGGCCUUCUCCUUUCAUGAAUUACCGCUCCCAAAUCAUGAGAAGCUGAAACCCAGCCUCCCUUUAUUGCCCACGUUUAGCUUUUCUGCAGCUACUUUUCGGAGCUUGAGAUCUUGUUGCACUAUUCAGUUACUGUACUGUGCUUCUUUAUUGCAGGGCUGGCUGUUAUUCACCUAGCCGUGAUGGCAAAUAGCGUGUCUUGUCUCCGGCUGCUCAUAGCUGCUGGUGCUGAUGUCAACGCCCAAGAACAGAAAUCUGGCAGAACUGCCUUGCACCUGGCUGUCGAACAAGGAAAUAUAUCCUUGGCAGGUUGCCUUCUGCUUGAGGUGAGCUUCGUGGGGGCCAGAACCACUUUGUUUUCCUGGCCAAUUUUCCUUGCUUCCUAGGUCAACGUUGGCAAUGUGCAGCCCACAGGUCAUGCAUGGGAAUAAUGUCACAGAAGCAUUUUCUGUCAUCCCAAAUGUUCACUGAUGACUGCUCUCCCACCCCUGCACAUUGAGCAAUAAAAAAAACCAACGAGAUAACUCUGCUUUUUCAAAUGAGAUGAAUGUAGUAUAAAUGCAUAAUUAUUUUUAAUUCAACAAAAAGUCUCUCUGACUUGUCUUUAAGCUCAAGGUUUGUAGACACAACCCACUGAAAGUUUUCCUUCCUCUGAUCUUGGAUACUUGCAGUGAAAUCCUACAUAUAGCUACUCAGAAGUCCCAUUGAGUUCAUCGGUACUUACUCCCUGGUAACUGGGAAUAGGAUUGCAGCUUUAAAUGGAUUUGACUGAUGCAUUCUAAAGCUAUUAUUAAGAGCCUGUGGCGGGGCUAAGAAGCCGAACCUUUAGAAUACAAUAAAGUUCUACAAUCUAAAAAUUGAGUUUUAGAUUCUGUGGUGACCUUUCAUUUGUUUACUUAUUUUGUUAGCAGUUACUGACAUUCACUUUCAUCUAGUAACACAUGGAGAGCAAUGUAUAUUCUGAUGGGCCUGGGUAUUUUGCAAAUGAAUAUCAAUUUAUACUGGCCUUUUACCAGUUAAAAACAGUAAAACCUGCAUAAAUGUGUGGUCAUAUUUCACCAAUAAUUUUGUGUUGCAUUAGAUCUGGAAUGGGUGUGUGCAUAUGUAUAAUUUUUGUUUUGUUUUGUUUUUUUGCAAAGCAUUCGUUUUUGCAGCUUACCAUCCAAGGUAUUUUUUUUUUUACCAUUCUGUUAAAUAUUUUUCUCCACAUUAUUUAUCUUUCCUGCUCAAUGUACAUUUGUUUAAAUAAAUGUGAGUAAACACUUAACUCAGUAUUUAAUUAUCAGAGUUCAUCCAAUGCUCUUUUUGUUCACUUACUCGUUUACAAAUGGCUUCAUUUCGACUCUAAAUUCAGCACUCUUAUGUAUCAUUCUCACACAAGUCCAGAUACAAAAGUAAAUGUUCAUCCCAGGUCAUGAGGCCUUGGAAGCUCUUUCUUUGAAGCUGGCCCAAAAUUGUGUAGAGGCAUCAAAGCAUGGUCCCAGUGUGCAUGUAAGUAGCUAAACCAGCAUUUAUUUAUUUCUCUUUUUUCAAAGGGUGAUGCAUUUGUCGACAGCACAACAUAUGAUGGAACGACUCCACUUCACAUAGCAGCUGGAAGGGGGUCUACAAAAAUGACAGCUCUUCUCAAAGCAGCAGGUAAGAAAAUAACAUUAAACUCUUCCUGAUGCUUUAGUGCUGUGAAAUAAUUUUUCCCCACACUCUCCUUGAUUAUUGCCUUUUUUUCUUAAUUUCCCAGCGGUAUUCGCAAGUUACAUUCAGUGAGUGUACUGUCUUUGUAAACAAAUAGUAAAGCUAUACAGUUGCUGACAUGCAGUGUAGAGUUUGUGUGCCUGUGUGCACAGUGGUUGAACUGUACAAAUGACCGAGUCACACUGUUUCACACAAACUUGCGCAGACAACAUGUUCUUGUGUUCAGUGUACUAUUAGGUACUGUGGUCUAAACCACCAAGCCUCUUGGGCUUGCCAAUCAGAAGGUCGGAGGUUCGAUUCCCCGCGAUGGGAUGAGCUCCCGUUGCUCUGUCCCAGCUCCCGCCAACCUAGCAGUUUGAAAGCACGCCAGUGCAAGUAGAUAAAUAGGGAAGGUAAACGGCAUUUCCGUGCACUCUGGCACUUGUCAUGGUGUCCCGUUGUGCCAGAACCAGUUUAGUCAUGCUGGCCACAUGACCCGGAAAGCUGACUGUGGACAAACGCCAGCUCCCUCAGCCUGAAAUCGAGAUGGGCACCGCAACCCCAGUUGCCUUUGACUGCACUUAACCAUCCAGAGGUCCUUUACCUUUAAUAAUAAUAAUAAUAAUAAUAAUAAUAAUAAUAAUUUCUAUACUGCCUUCAUCCAAAGAUUACAGGGCAGUUUACAAUACUGUAUGCACAAUGCAUACAAUAACAACAGACAAAAGCAAUACUCCCCCCAACACAAUUUAUAAGAGCAUAGAUUAAUUAGCCAAAGGCCUGGGAGAAGAGGCAUGUUUUUGCCUGGUGCCUAAAUAUAUGUGACAAAGGUGCCAGGUGAGUGUCACUGGGGAGAGCUGCCCACAGGUGGGGAGCCACCGCAGAAGAAGCCCAUUCCCGUGUUGCCACCCUCUGGACUUCUCGUAUAAUGUGUGAGGAAGACUCCUGUCCCCUAUGCUGCUUUUCCAUCACCAGUGUUGAAAGUAAGAUUUAAUGACUAGCUUUUGCAUGUGGAAUGUGGUGGGAGUUGCCUCAGGUAGCAAAAUGACCCCAACCAAAUCAGUAAUUUUCCCUUCCCUCCCAGAAGUUGGACUGCAAACCGUUUUGUUCUCUGAGCAACUCCAAGCCAUUGCACUGUAGCAAAGAGGCAUCUCAUCACCACAAGCAUAAUACAAUAUUAAUAACUGGUGCAUUUGAAUGGAUUUAGAAACUGUCAUGAAGCACUUGAGCUCCCCCUUCUGGAAAAAACAUUUGUAGCAGCAUUGAAUAAGUUGCAGGAAAAGGCCCUAAGACAUUGUUCUAAUCGUGUAACACUAAAUUCUUAAAGAUGAGAAGUUUUUAAAUAAGAGAGGGAAACGGUGAAGAAGAAAAAUAAGAAUCCUAAACAAAACAAAGACUUCUGUCCAAAAGCAUGCAUCUUUUUGAUAGGCGUGAACCAUGCAAAGCGAACAAAAAGAUUCAUUUUUUACCCAGUCUAGCAUUUUAAAUCUAUCGUUCCUGGAUAAAAGUAAAGUAGGCUUUAUAUAUGGCAACCUUUGGUGAGCUAGAGAUCUUUCCCAUUCUGCAUAUAGAAGCCAAACAGAGUGGGAGUAGAGUCUUACUUCAACACUGGUGAUGCUUAGGCAGGUCAGAUUAGGGGGCCUAGGGCAGGCAGUGUGGGGGCAGAGAGGAUCAGGAUGAACAACCAGAGGUUGCUACUGCCACCCACCACCCCACAUCAAGCCGCCCAAGGCGGUUGCCUCAUAAUGUUAGGGCUGGCCCUACACACCGGAAUUCCUUUUGCGUAUUUACUUGACUGAAUAUUAGAGCAGAAGGGUUUACUGAUGCGAAGGUGUUACGCUCUUUCACCGUGGUGCUUUGCUUCAUCUCGCAGGCGCAGAUCCCCACAUUGAGAACUUUGAACCAUUGUUUGAACAAGAUGAUGUGAAAGACAAAGAUGGUGAAGAUGAAGGGGUCAUACCUGGAACAACACCUCUGGACAUGGCAACUAGCUGGGAGGCAAGUGGUUAGGAUGAAGGCCUCUCAACAGCCAGUACAGCUUUCAUUUAAGGCCUGUUUGAGAAUAUGGACCAGGCCCUUUUUUCCAAUCUGUGUACGGGAAUGUGGGGAGUGGGAAGAACUAGUCUUUAGUAUUAAAAACUACGAGAAUACCCAUAUAUAUAUAUAUAUAUAUAUUGCAGUUUGGGGUGACAAUCAAAGAUGCAGAGGUUGACUUGGUUGCAGCUGCAACUUAUUUACAUUUAAAAAAUAAUUCUCUUUUCUUUAACGUAUGGCUGCGCAGAAGCAGAAGGGCUUUUUUGUGACAGUACUCACCUGUACAGAGUACUGGCACCUCUUUACUUUAAAAAUGGAAGCAGUCACUUCCAUUUUUUUCUUUGCAGUUAUGCUGGAGGAGGCGGGGAAAGUGUGGGGGGUCCAAGGCUCACCUUCCUCCAGCACUAAAAUACAGAUAUGCUACCAGUUGACCACUGAAGACUAUAAAUGCCAGACUUGAAACUUAAAUGUACAGGAUGCCGCUGGAUGCUUUCGCUUUGCGUUUGCACUAAUUAGCUAACUGUUCUUCCUAACAGGUGUAUGAUAUCUUGAAUGGUAAACCCUCCACAUCAAAAGUAGCUUCCGAAGAUCUAUUGACACAAGGUAAGUGUGUGUAUAAGCAGGGCAGGGGGACGGGACUGGCUGAGAUUUCUUUCUUCUCCAGCUUAGCUUGAUUGCUCAGUAUUAUUUUGCAGCAGGUUUGCUGUAGGGCACUUAUUGUUCUUUGCUAAAAGCACACUUGAGAUCUGAAUUGUACAGUCUGACCUAGGAGGCAGCACUUUUUGCCUUCAGCCAUCUCAAGGUUCCUUAAAAAACACUAUCUAUUCUCCCUGGAAACCUCUCUCAGAACAGCCAUGUGAUGCCUCCUUUCUCUCAUCCAUCAAAUCCUUAUAAAAACCCUUUCCUGUGCAGCCUUUCUCUUAGGCUGCAAUUCUAAACGCACUUACCUGGGAGUAAGCUUUGUUGACCUCUUCAGGACAUGUACAGUAUUUCACACUUCACCUCCUAGAUUUUAUUUCCCAGAUGAAACAAAGACUUACCCAAGCACCCUGACUUAAAUUACCCCUAAUCCAUACUCUGUUUUGAAGGAAGCCUGAUACACAUACACACACUCUAUUACCCAUGAAGCUUGUUCCCCCUCCCCAACUCCUUGUCAGAAUUUUAGUCAGUGAGCUCUUCAGGUCAGAGAUGUUUCUCUUUUGCUAUCACUCUGUAAAGUUCCAUAUUUGAUAGUGGGUGUGCAAUGCUUAACCGAUAAUCAGAGUAAUCCAUUUUAAUAGACUAAAAAAGGUGAUUCAAUUAAUUAGGCAGUGUUUUCAAAAACAUUUAUUAAUAAUACAAAUACAUAUUUAAGAAGUGCAUGUCAUCUAAAAACAAAGCAUUGUUUCUGUUUCAGGACUAAUUUUGACCCACUUGAAAACUUUUAUAAUCUACAGUUGCUCAACUCAUUCUAUGCAUGUUUACUUUAGAAGUAACUCGUGCCAAGUGGGCUUAGGAUUGCAACCUAACAUUUCUUUUGUCAUGCGAUAGUCCUAGUUAUAUUGAUGAAAGCAUCUUUUUAUAGCUCCUUUCCUGGUGAAAAAAUGGUUUCAUUUCAGCAGCUAAGAGAUUUUGCACAUCCAAACUCAGCUCCUUAGCUUUUGUCCCAUCCAGUCCCUGGCAAGAGAAAGAGCUCCUUGGCAGAAACCUGGGCAAAUUAAUUUACUCCCCAUAUCUAGGCCAGGUAGUGGACAAAGGGCACUAGGAUCACUGUGAACAAAUGAUGAAUUUUAACACACCUUGAAACUUUAAAAAAGCAUUGUCCUAUUGAUGUGUUAUACUUGUGCUGUCUCUUAAAAAUGAUGGGCUAUGAUCAGCAUUUAGUUCAUGGGUAGGCAAACUAAGGCCCGGGGGGGCUGAGUCCAGUCCAAUCACCUUCUAAAUCCGGCCCGCGGACAGUCUGGGAAUCACCAUGUUUUUACAUGAGUAGAAUGUGUCCUUUUGUUUAAAAUGCAUCUCUGGGUUAUUUGUGGGGCAUAGGAAUUCAUUUUUUCCCUUCAAAAUAUAGUCCAGCCCCCCACAAGAUCUGAGGGACAGUGUACCGGCCCCCUCCUGAAAAGGUUUGCUGACCCCUGGUUUAGUUGAAGCAGACCAGCAUGCCUGGAAGGAAUAAGGAGGCUCACAUCCAGCAUUGAAAUUUGCACUGGAGACUUUGGGAUGGUCAAGUUCAUGCUCAGUUCUGGCUGUAGUCAACAGUGUGUUUUUACACACUGCUGUAUUUAAAGCGAGCAUUUGCUUCCGCUUGAGAAGCAAGGGUUAAAGUAUAGCUAGUGGCGAGUAAAUUCACAUUCGGUUUUAUUUUUCACCUUCUUCCAGGAAACAUGAAAGAGCUGAAGGAGGAUGUCAAGUUACAGCUUUACAAGUUACUUGAAGUGCCUGAUCUGAACAAAAACUGGUCCAUGCUGGCGCAGAAGCUUGGCCUAGGGAUACUUAACAAUGCCUUCCGGUUGAGCCCCUCUCCAUCAAAAACCCUGCUUGAUAAUUAUGAGGUAACUCGAAUAACGUACCUAAUGGGCCAGCCCAAUGGCCCAUUUAGCCUUGCAUCCUGUCUUUAAUGUCUAUAAGCACCUGCCUAGUAAGAUCCCUCAAUAAUUCCUUUUCACAACGACCCUGAGGGUGCCUGUGCCUAUGACAAUGUUUCUAUUGAUUAUAGAACAGGAGACAGCCUAUCAUUUGCACAUGGCGAGUUAGUCACUCCAGUUCUGUGCACUUAUCAGUGUGCAUAUUGGGCUUGGACUGGGGAAUUUAGGACCUUUAGGCCCUGUUGAUCAUUUCCAACCAUAUGAUGUUAAGAAUACCCCUUUACGGGAGGAUGUAUGAAGGAUCCAACCCCUUUUUAGGCUGCUGCAGUAUUUAGAAACUCACUGUAAGGUGAGAGAUUCCCUCAGUGUUAAUCUCAGAAAAAGUUUGUGUAGUCAUGCCAUGCACAUGGCAAGACGCAAUCAUAUAGGUCUUUCAUUUGUAAAUUAAACAAUGCUCUCCAACUAUUACAUAUUUUAUUCUGCCAUGUGGCUGCAUGUUUAUAAGAAUUCUAGGGAUAGCUCAUGUUUGUUUCUGGGCCCAAUUGAAGAGGUUCACGUUAAAGAGUUUACUACAGGCUCCCUUGGGUCAGACUGGCAGAAAAAAGCCCCAUGUUAGUUCCAGCACCCUCAGAAGCUGUGGGGUGGCAGCCCCUAAAGCUAGGCUGUGGAAUGUUACUGGCACCAUCAUUGUAGUUUUGUCACAUGCUAAUGAUUCACCUUGACUUUGACACCUGAAAUAUAUCUAUUUUAGGACCCACCCUAUUCUUUUGAUGGUGAAUUGUUUUAACUGAUUUUAAUAUCUUUUUACAUUGUUGUAACCUACCCCAGGACCUUAUUAUUACCACCCGCCUAAUAAUAAUAAUAAUAAUAAUAAUAAUAAUAUACUCACCUUCAGUCAAUAAGUGUUGAUAUUUCUGUUCUUUGAAGGAAAACCAAAGCCAAUUGUCAAGUUACCUACCGUGAAGUUUUUUGUAGAUCUGCACUUGCAGAGAAAGCUAAUGAUCCUCUUUUACUUAGGUGGAAAGCCUGCCUCAGUUUGUUUACCUUUAUUUUAAUAUCUAUGCAGGUUUCUGGUGGCACUGUAAGGGAGCUGGUUGAUGCCUUGAUAGAAAUGGAUUGUACAGAGGCUGCAGAAAUAAUUCACAACUCAUUAUUCAUCUCAUCGAGCCAGUCCAGCAAAGAGCAGGCAAAGGAUGCAAGACCUCCAUUAUGCGAAUCGCCUUCCCCUCCCAUGAUAGCACAAACAGGUAAACUGCUCUAUGCCAAUCAAUGUUCCUGCAAUAAAACAAACAUUUUGCAGCUCCACCCCACCCCCGUGGCAGAGAUGGUAAUAAGGACAGAACAAUGAGGUGUCUAGAUUGUUUGAUUUAAAUGUGACAAACCUAGAUUCAAAUCCUUUCGCAGCUGCAGAACCCACUGGGUGAAGUUAGGAAUUCCCUAACUCUUGUAGGGUUCUUCUUAGCCUAAAACAUUGCUGUGAAGUUCCUGGAGAAAAGGGCAAGACACACAUAUCCAUUCAACUGCAGAACUAGUCAGCUCCUGAGUUGAUGCGUCUAAGAGUAUUCAGACUAGGUGUCCUUGACAAAUUCCCAUAAAUUUCAGUGCAAAGUUACUUGAUGCACACUUCCAGACUAACGUUGUCGAUCAGAACAUAUAUUUAUCCCUUUAUGUUUCACACUACUCUGAGCCCACAACUGUAUUGCAAAAUUUAAAGAAACCUACCAAAAUGUGUUUUAAAAACUGUUGGUUUGGAAUAAAACACAUUUUGAAUUGUAUACAUGGAGAUCAAAUACAUAUUUGAAUAGAUAUUUUGUAAUAACCUAUGUAUUUAAAUAUUAAUGGGAUGUAGAAGAGAAUUAGGAAUGAAAACAUGCAGGACUGACAUGGAUGAGGAAUGGUUUGAUCUAUCUUUAUUUCAGUCCUCCGCAUUUAAAGCUUUUGGAAGGGAAGUGCCAUGAAUUAAGACUGAAUUUAAAAUAGUGCUGGAACCUUAGAAAACACAGGUCACCUUCCCAAUGUUCUAGCAGCUGGUGCAGUCUUGGCAUUUAGUAACAUGGUAGGAAAAACAAGCUUAGCACAAGGGCUUAGCAAAAGGACAACCCAAGGCUUCAGGACAUGUGAAGCUGCCUUAUCAUAUAAUACCGCUUGGCCAUCUAUCCCAGCAUUUUCUGGAUUGUCCAUGUUCUUAGGCAGAAAUCCUUCCUAGCUUUGCCAACAAAGCUCUUUUAAUUAGAAGUGCCAAGGAUUCAGCCAGAGACCUUGAGUGUGCAAAACAUGUUGCCUGGAAACACUAAUAUUCGUAAAGCUCCUGCCCUGGACUCCUUCUGCAGCUGCUAGUAAAUUUUGUUUUAUUUUCACCAUUGUCUGGGGAACAAAGAGGCCUUUCCAUUGCUCUUUUGAUUUAUUUGCUGAACUGCAUAUAUUGCAUUGUAUUAGCAUUUUCUUAAAACCCUAUGAAUUACGCAACAUGUUCCUUUUCCCCUCUGCCAGGUGAUCUCAAAUUCCAGGAUGCUGAAAGUAUUUGUGACAGCGGUGUAGAGAUUUCCCUCCGCAAACUCAGCUUCACAUAUUCAGAGUCUUUCACCAGCAAGUCACCAGUAACACUUAAGAAACUAACCACAGGCUAUGGCCAGGACAACUUGCCACAAGGCAAAAUUGAAGCCACUUAGAGGUGUGGAAUGGUUUUGUAAAGUUUCCUGCAGAGGGAGGAAGUUGCUAACAAUUCAAAGUGCACUGGAAGAAAAAGCUCUUUAAAAUGUACAUCGACAGGACUGUUCAAGAAACGGGAAUCUGGUCCCGGUAAAGUGGGAAGCUCAGGACCAGCAGCAUGAAGAUGGAGUGGCCUUCUUUCUUCCUAAUAUCUUCACCUAUAGAAGAAAUGGACUACCAACAUGAUGUAUGGUAAAAGUUACAAGAGAGACAUUGGCUAUGGAGCGCGGAACAGGGUCGUAAGCAGUGAUCAGGAUAGAUACUUAAGUCAAAAGAAUAUAAUGUAUAUUUCAGUAAGUAUAUUUAAAUUUUCAUCUGGUGUCUAUAAAAAUCAUCCAAGCUUCAGACUGUUUUCCCCAUACUGUUUUACCAGCUUUCUGCUGUAAAUAUUCUUGUUUAGAUGAAAUUACUCAAGGAAAAUAAUGUGCUUUUUAAAUGCUUGGUUUUUUUUAUUUUACUUUUAUAAUAAAAGACAAAAUUCACAUUUUC